AUGGCGCCACGGUUGCGGGGCUGCGCAGAUAAGUCCUCACAGCGAUGUGCUCGCUCGUCGCUGCAGCACACCGGGCGCCUGCCUCGGCUGCCGACUCGUUCCACGAACUUGGGGGUGGGGACACAGUCUCCAACCAACUUUGAUGGCACUGUUGCUAACGGCUCCAGAGAUCCCAAUGGUGGUGACGGUGGCAACGACAACGCAGAUCCUGUUGGCGACAGUGUCAACAUUUUCACCUACCCUUCCAGCACUACAAACCACGGGCGCUCUCUACAACCAGAGCCUCCCACAAGCUCCCCAUCUGCUAGGCUGUGCCCAGUCCGCCAGUGCCUGCGGUCUGACCAGUUGAUCCGCGUGGCCGGUGUUAGCCUCGCGCACAGGAGCCUGGAGCUCGAGGCCCACCGUCAUCGCCACCGCCAAACUGUGGGGGGCACCAAUCCUAUUGGUCCGAGAUCCACCUUCGGACAUAGCGACGGAGUUGGUAGUCGGAGCUUCUUCGGGCAGCGUGACGGCGUGGUCGAUUCCGGUGUAGUUCCCGCCUCGGGCACCUUCUGCGGAGCACCUGCUUGGCUCUCGAGGAUCGAGCUGCUGUGGGCGGGGAGAGGCAACCCUGCGCUGAUCCACCCGUCAUGGCCAGUGACACUCUGCCGCUACACCCGCACGCACAGGUACUGCUUGUCCUCGCUCAACGGGCAGAAGGAUGGCGAACGGACGGGUGAUGGACGGACACGAUGGAUCAUUAUAGCAGUGUCGUUGUCGGCCGGCAGUAUCAUGGCGCUGGGCUCUCAGCACCUCGAGGUAGCGGGAUCCAGGGCGACCUCGGACCCCAGUGAUAAGGACAAGCUGGACAAGGGGACGUGCACCAUCGACAACCAGUGUGAAUUGCAGAUGGUAAACGCCGUGCACUCGCAACAGCAGCAGCAGCAGCAGCAGCAGCAGCAGCAGCAACAACAACAACAACAACAGCAACAACAACAACAACAACAACAACAACAACAAGCUAAUGAGCAGAUGGCAGCACAGCAGCAGAGCAUAGCUCAACACAUGUCUCAGCAGCAUCACCAACAACAACAGCAGCAGCACAUGCAGCAUCAGCAUCACCAUCAACAGCAACAGCAACAACAGCAGCAACAGCAGCAACAGCAGCAGAUGGGCCAGCCAGAUAGCUCAGAACUGCAACAGCCAGCCUCGCAGGAGGUGGGAACGCAGAUGGACCAGUCUCCAGAGCAUGACAAAGAUGAAAAACAGUCAGCAAAUGUGUGUGUCACCAAGGACAUGAGGAACCUGCCCAUGCCUGGGUUCGCGAUGCCGGACAUGAAAAGCCACAUGAUGGACAUCCGCACACCCGAUGGAAGUAUCUUAAAGAUAAGCGCCCCGGGAAACGGGGACCAGGAGCUUAGCAAGACCCUAGGAGUAGAGAUGGUGCAAAACAUGUACAAGGUGAACGUGGAAGACAUCAACCAACUGCUAGCCUACCACGAGGUGUUCGGUAAACUGCAGAGCGAGAUGGCCGGCCAGGCGGGCGGUAGCACAGCUGGCAAGCCUUGCGCGGAGCCUGGCAGCAGCACUGCUCCCCUUUCCCUGCCCUCCACCCCAGGCAACCACAUCUGCGACAUCUGUGGCAAGAUGUAUCCGUACCGCUACCAGCUUAUCGUGCAUCGUCGCUACCACACCGAGCGCAAACCCUUCACCUGCCAGGUAUGUGGGAAGGCGUUCACUUGUGCUACGGAGCUGACACGGCAUGGGAAAUGCCACCUGGGGGGCAGUAUGUUCACUUGUGCAGUGUGCUUCCACGUGUUUGCGAACGCUGCCAGCUUGGAGCGUCACACCAAGAGGCACGCCACUGACAAGCCGUACGCCUGCUCCGUGUGUGGAAAGUCCUUCGCCCGCAAGGAGCACUUGGACAACCACACUCGCUGCCACACGGGCGAGACGCCGUAUCGCUGCCAGUACUGUGCCAAGACGUUCACACGCAAAGAGCACAUGGUGAACCACGUUCGCAAGCAUACUGGUGAGACCCCUCAUCGAUGUGACAUUUGCAAGAAGUCUUUCACACGCAAGGAGCACUUCAUGAAUCAUGUAAUGUGGCACACAGGCGAAACCCCUCACGCGUGCCAGGUGUGCGGCAAGAAGUACACACGCAAGGAGCAUCUGGCCAACCACAUGCGGUCCCACACCAACGACACACCGUUCCGCUGCGAGAUCUGUGGCAAGUCGUUCACGCGCAAGGAGCACUUCACGAACCACAUCAUGUGGCACACCGGGGAGACUCCCCACCGCUGUGACUUCUGCUCCAAGACGUUCACUCGCAAGGAGCACCUGCUCAACCACGUUCGGCAGCAUACUGGUGAGUCGCCUCACCGAUGUGGAUUCUGCUCCAAGUCCUUCACUCGCAAGGAGCACUUGGUAAAUCACGUUCGCCAGCACACUGGCGAGACCCCGUUCCGCUGUCAGUACUGCCCCAAGGCGUUCACUCGUAAAGAUCAUCUGGUCAAUCACGUUCGGCAGCACACAGGUGAGUCGCCACACAAAUGUCGAUACUGUACCAAGUCGUUCACUCGGAAAGAGCACCUUACGAACCACGUUCGCCAGCACACGGGCGAAUCCCCCCAUCGCUGCCACUUCUGUUCGAAAUCCUUUACCCGUAAAGAGCAUCUCACGAACCAUGUCCGCAUCCACACAGGUGAGUCUCCGCAUCGCUGCGAAUUCUGCAACAAAUCGUUCACGCGGAAGGAGCACCUGACCAACCACCUGCGGCAGCACGGUGGCGAGACUCCCCACUGCUGCAACGUCUGCUCCAAGCCGUUCACGCGUAAGGAGCACCUCAUCAACCACAUGCGCUGCCACACCGGGGAACGGCCGUUCGCCUGCCAGGAGUGCGGCAAAUCCUUCCCCCUCAAGGGAAACCUGCUCUUCCACCAGCGCUCCCACAACAAGGGAGCAACGGCAGAGCGUCCCUUCCGCUGCGAUCUGUGCCCCAAGGACUUCAUGUGCAAGGGACACCUGGUGUCGCACCGCCGCAGUCACUCGGGCGACCGGCCCCACGCGUGUCCCGACUGUGGCAAGACCUUCGUGGAGAAGGGCAACAUGCUGCGCCACCUGCGCAAGCACACGGCGGAGGGGGUGGCCCAGGGAGGGGGAGGGGGAGCCCCGGCCGCGGCCCCCCACCACCACAACCCCCACGUGGUGGUGCCGACGUCACACCACCUGCCCCACCACGCCCCGGCCCUCCCGCCCCACCCGCCGCACGCCGCCGUGGUGGUGCCCACGCCCAACGGGGUGUACUAGCCGGCUCGCAUCCGCGUUCGUAGUCAUCGUCGGGGCCCAGACAGCAAAUAUUCUUAUUUGAAGAGAAUUGCAUCAGGGUGGUAGUUGUAUGUUGUAAAGUUUGCUGCAAGUAUGAAAAAAUAAUGUCCAACAUAACAAAUUUUUACCUUAAGUCUUUCGGGAAACUAAUAUAAGUUAAUAGUUUAUGUUGCAGUCCGUAUCAAUUUAGGCAGGCAAAUAAAUAAUUUUACCUUUUUUAGUCUCCGAUGUUUUUGAGUCUUAAGAUAUAUUGAAAUUCAGGGAAAUGUGAGAAAGAAAUUGAUUUGACCACUCGGCGUCAUGGCCUCCGGUACAUCGUGAUCUCUCGCUUUCUAAAACAUCAACUGCCGUAAGCGGUGACUUUGUAUUUGAAAUUGAGUGUAUGUGAAAUUAUUUAUUUCUUUAUCAAGUGAACAUAAUGAUUUUCGUAUGAAUUUGUAUCAAUGGAUGUGUGUGAAAUGGUUCUAUUUUUAAGUUAAAAGUAAUUUACUAUAUAUGUAUAGGUAGGUGUAAUAGUAUAAAAUGUUAUAAACUACAACAUGGAUUCUUGAAAUUGUUGAACCUUUUCUUGAAUCAGUAACAUCUAGAUCUCCCAGCAAGCUCAAACAUUCAGUCUGGAGUAUACAUUCAUAAACACUGGAAUAACUCAGUUGGACAAUGAAAAAAUAUGUAGGUUCACAAAUAAAGGUUACUGUCGACGAUUAGUUGCUGAAAUAACGUCUCUCGUAUGCAAACUGAUAUUAAUUGUAUUGUAUUAAUACUUACGAUAACUCUCCAGUUAUCAUGACUGCCAUUUUCAGAGAACCAAUUUCAUGAGAACCAAUACAUGUUGAAUUUACAAGCAAAUCGCAUAUAACCUUCUCACUGACUCCAACACAAACAAGUUGACAGCUCGUAGGUACCAAAGGAUGAAUAUUAAAAUAUAGUUUGCAAGUUAAUCACGUGGUUGUUUGCAACUCACGGUACAAGCCUACGAACUCAAUCCCAGGACAAAGAUAAAAUUUACUCAAUCUUUGUUUGAGCUAAUACCAACAACUGUGGUCAGAAAAUUAUAGUUGCAAGUUCCAAAACACAAAAAGGGUUGAUUGUACACGGUAGCACCCGGACUACAGCCGCAAAAUUCUCUCUUUAAACCAUUUAUAUGUUAAUUUUGAGCCACCACCCGUCGGUACCUAGUACAAAUGCUGACUGCCGAGGCUACACGCGACUGCGUGCCAUCUGAGGGCCUCGCCACCCAGUCACAGCACAGCACAGCACUCACAAAGAUAUACAAAUUUCCUAAUCAUGCAAUAAGGCUUUUCCUGCAAAUAUUUGGUGACAUCAUUUUUAACCAAUCCCAAAAUUGCAUGAAAAAAUAUCAGCCAAACACAGUGCAUGGCAAUAGCACUCCGACUAACUCCAGGGUCUUUUGUCUUUAACUAUUAUGCACCUGGCAAACUACCGUAUUGGUCCGAAUAUAAGGCGACCAUUUUUACAUAAACGAGAGAUGCAAAAAUUGGAAGUCGCCUUAUUUUCGCACCCAAGACGUCAGAACCGCAAACAUUAGUUCCAAGCUGAAAGCUACAGUAGAAACAUUGUUUAACAAAACGUUCACGAUUUUUUAUAUUAACUAAAACUUUGUUACCUCACACGGUAAAAACAAUAAAUCCACCUAAUAUUGCAGUAAUUUACAAUUGUUUGAAGUUGAAAAUUAAAAUAUUUGUUCUUGAGUAAAAACGUGAAUGUUGAAGCAUCUCAAAAUGGCAACCUUUUAUUUCACAAUUCAUAUUUGUACUUUGUGUACAAUCGCGUGUUAACAUUUACGGUAAUUUAUCUUCAGAUUUUUAACUGAAAUAUUUGUACUAAAAUAUCACAGUUAUUUUCAGAACGAUUGUUUACGUUUACAAACAUUUCGGAUGUAAUGUAUGGAAAUUCACGGCUGCCAACUGUCUUUCCACAAUAUUUCUUUGUUGUAAAACGAACAUUGCCGAACACGCUCGAAGACGCCAUAUUAACAGGAAUUUGGUACGUUGCUUCAAAAGCUAUUUUAAUAAUCCACUCUUUAUUUAUGUAAAAACCUUUCAUAAUUAUAAUAGAUUAUUCUUUCAAAUUCAUAGAACAGACUCUCUCUGUCAGAGAGUAAUAUGGACAAAUAUACGCGGUCACGUAACCGAAGUUAUUCAUGGCCGUAUGCUUCAUCAUGUCAGCUAGCCACUUGUUUUGUUCCGGCAAGAUGCAUUAUUUGUUUGCUUUUUUUACGUUAAACACACUACUAAAUAGUAAUACACCUUGUUCUGUGGUAAUACGUAGCUUAAGUCAAACGGAAAGUUAAAUGCUGUAUUUUAAGAGUGAUUAAUAGCCAUUGUAAAAAUUUUAAAUUCGUAGAUACAGUAAACUGUGAAAAAUCAACAAUCACACAUGGGUGGAACGGCGGGGAACGAGCUCUAGACAAAUAAACAGCUCUGAAGAUGACAAUUAUGCAGCUUCAUUAGAGUAAACACGAAAAAAUUUCUAGUGUAAUAUUUAAAAGUGUAAAUAUUUUCUAAUUGUUUUCUUUUGACUUUUAGGGUAGGCCAUUCAAACUUAUUUUAAAUAAGUAAAGUGAUAAAUAUAAAUUAAUUGUUAUACAUAAAUGCAAAAACGAUUUAUCAACACAAAAUGUAUGUCUAAUGAAUUUUCACAUUAAUUUCUACCAAAAAUUAUUUUUACAUUUGUUUGGCCUCCUGAAACUGCAGGUCGCCUUAUAUUCGGGGUCGCCUUAUAUUCGGGCCAAUACGGUAUUUAUUGCACCUGCUUUUUCACACAAAGAACCAUGGGAAAAAAAAUGCAAAAGAAAAUUACAUUAACUCACAUUUAUGAAUAAAGCCAAAGGAAGGAAUACUUAAAAUAUGUGAAAGCACAUAAAAACGCAACUACACAAAUAAAGCAAACGAUUAAAAAUAGCAUCUAGGGGCUUAUUUACUAUAAAACAAACAAACCGUCAGAAAAACUUUAAAAGCAUGAAACAGCAUGAGAUAUGUUGCAAAUUCAUGAAUAUUUUGUAAAGCAAUGUAACGUUGCUCUUUAAAUGCCGUACUGCACAUGAUGAGACAACAUAAUAUAUUGUUAAUUCAGCUGUUAACAAGUUUGGGUUGGGGUGGGUGGGGGGGGGGGGGUGGCAGUAUCCUGGGUUAUUACAAACUGAUAGGAACUGGUGUGUAUAUAAUCUUUAAAACAUGGAAACUGGGAAGUGACCGCUGGUGACUGGUGGUUUAUAUCCAGCAGCUCAUCCAUGUGAUAGCAUCAAGUACAGGAUCUUAUUUAACUCACAAUUAGUAUCUAUAAAAUGCAAUCCACUGGUCACAGUCGUGCCACAAACAUUCCCCUUUGUAGGUUGUGAAUCUAAAUGAAUGGUGAAUUUGCAAAACUAUGUAAGUCCAAACUAAUAGUUUUGAGAAAAUCGCCAAAAACUGUGUAAUGUGCUGUUGGCACAUACAGUAAGUCCUCUAUUUACGUCGUACCGAUUUACGUCGUUUCGGAUUAACGUCGCUAAUGUUUGAGUACUCAUGUUUCAAUUUAAGUUGUCGCCGAUUCACAAUAACGUCGUUUACAAUGACCGUAAAUCUUUAUUUUAACCAAAACACCGUAUAUAAUUCGUUUAUAAUUCUUUGUUUCCUUCGGUAGUUAAUUUAUGCUAUGUAACGUAAGCUACACGUUCACCGCCUUAUCUUAUCAUAAAUCAUGAGGGACGCUUCCUGCUCUCCGCUGCUCUCCGCGCGGUGAUGCAAUACUACCAGCCCGCCCGCUCUGCCACCCACGUAUCUCGCACGUAGAAGUGUUAUCGACUUCCCGCAACGACACAGCAUUUUCUCCUACCCCUUUUCGUCCAACUCCUUGGCACUUCAGUAGAGGUGUAAAAGUAACUAAAAAAAGUGUACCCAUAUGUAUUCGUUACUAUAACAAUAAUUAGUACUCGUUACUUUUGUAUCGUUACUCGUUACUUCUGAUACCGCAUAACAUGCUAUGUUAUGUAACAGCAACGAAUCGAGUCGUAUUUUGUACGCGUACAGUAUGACGUCGCGUAAAUAAUAAUAAAUUGAAUAUAAACGAUUAAAAGUAUUUGAUAAUUAACAGCUUUUGUUAACCAAGAAACAAAAUCUCAUUAGAGCAGCUUUAUUAUAAUAUCUCUUUUAAGAUAAGAACAAAAAACGUGAAAAUACGCGAUAAUAAAAAACAAAAACAUACAUAUUUAUAAUUUGUAAAAAAUACUUUCUUACGUUGUUUCUGUUCCAAUCUAAAACUUUGUCUACACACACAAUACCUUUAAUAAACAGUAAAAAACUUGGACGACGAAUUUCCAAAUUAUACUUUUCUUAAUAAACAAACAUCGUUCUUUGUAACGAAUAAGCGCGCGCAUGCGUAAAACAUACGAAAAAUGCGAGUAACGAAAUGCAUUCGUGUGUAACGUUUCGUUACUCGUUACUAGAUUCCGCACCCGUUACUCAGUAACGAAUACAUACUGUUUGCUACAGCUCUACACUUCAGUCGCUAUGAUAUCAUUGAGUUGGCCGGAGUUUUAAACGUGCCGUUGUUAACUUUAUCGUGAUUAAAUGCGUUUGUAGUAGGCCUACAGUAUCAGCUCACUGCAAUUUAUGAUUUUUUCUUCAUAAGAUGUCUUCCAAACGACUAUAUAUCUGUUUUUAUAUUUCAAUCAAUAAAGGUAAUAAAGCAGCUGGUUAAAUAACCAUUCUAUAAAGCUGAGAAGUACUAGUUGGACUUGUUUCCCACGCUGUGGGUUGUAAUUGGCUGAUAAAAUUGCCCGUUGUCACGUCUGUAUGCCAGCGCUUCCGGCCGACCUUGGGCCGUGGUCGGCCGGUGGCAUGAAACAUGGCUCAUUUUGCGUCGUUUCUAUUUACGUCGCGGUUUUCAGGAACGUAACCCCGACGUAAACCGAGGACUUACUGUAUUGUGCCACUUUUUAAUGGCGUAAAGCAAACAGAUCAGUAUUGUGAAUAUUUUUCAAUUUCUGAAAGAAGGUUUAAUGUUAAUAUGUUUUUAGAAAAGAAAAAAAAAUUAAAAUGCUGGAGUUAAGAUGUUUUGCAAAUUCACAAAUAUUCAAUACAAAAUAUGAUAUAUUUUGUAAUAAUUAUUAUUAACAUUAAAUCAAUCCUUUAACAUUUUUAUUAAGAAACGAGGUGAAGUUACGAAGUAAUUAUUGUUGUAUGAUAUGAAACAUAUUUUUUUAGCAGAUAGCACUGAGAAACUACUUAUCCUAUAAGAUCAAUGUCAAUUUAUUUCAACAAUACAUUCACAUGUUACAAACAAUUUGUAGAGAUAAUAGGAUUAUUUUUCUCAGUUUACAAGGAUAUUUCAAACAACAACAAAUAACAGUUCAGUCAACAUAAUAAGAUUUUGUCAACAAUUCACUCUGUAUCAGACACAACCUACAUGUGGUAAACGUUCAAUGGUCUAUUGCUGCCCAUUGUACAAUGCCAAGGUAGAAUGCCUGCACGACUUCUUCUUCUGGAAUGUAUUUGAGCAUCUUUCGUACAUCCUGUAAUUUGUCUGCAUUAAUUGGGAUAAAACCAUUGGGAUAAGCUUUCUGAGUUGGAAGAUUUGGGUUGUGGGGAUAUGUUGGCCCAAGGGCAAAUGUGUCAGCAACUAGGCUAUCAAUAAAUGGCUUGGCUACGACAAUGCCAAAGUGGUCUGCAGUAAAUUGGAACUCCAUGAAGGAGGAAAUGCAGAACGGGACUUUCUGACUUCGUGGUACAUUGCAGGUUGAUGAUUCCAGGGAAUUUACAUUUUUUUUUGUAAAUAGUUGGCCACCAACUGUGAAAGUUGUACACAUUUUCACUUUCGACAAUGUUCACUGUAAAUAUUUUGUUUGUAGUAGAGUGCACAAUUAGCUCACACACAUCCUUCAGUGUGUAGAAUCUGUCCAAAUGACGCAAACACCUUUUCACCACAGCAAAAUCUCUGUCUGAAGGUUAAAAUGAAUGGCUUCUGAUGGGAAACAGAAGUCUGAUCUUGAGGAACCGUUUUUGUGCAGUUAAUGCCAUUAAAAAUCUGAUGACAGUGUUGUUUUUGUUCUGGCCUGGACAUCCGUCACAAAACAACCAUAUCUCGGUUGCUGAGUCAGGAAUAAAGUUGUUCAUGUAGUCAAGUAGGAAACUACAUACCUCAUUCGGCCCCUUUUUUGCCUGUCCUUCGUGGUAUAUGUAAAAUACGGCUUCGCUGGUUUUAAGGUUGUACACUGAAAAUACAGGAACAGUCAGCUGACGAAGAUAAUACAUAUCCUGCACUGGAAUCUUUGGCAACGAUAUGUUUUGCAUGUAGUCAAAUGACAAUGCAACAAAAUCAUCUCCUUUGAUGCACAAUUGAGAUGCACGUUUCAAUGUUAAAUAUAAUUUCUUGCUCCUGCGUUUAUGCACAAGGAGUUCGGCCGAUGCGAUGCGUUUGGCGGUGUCAUUUAGACAGCUUUUCAGUUUAAUACUUUUUUCUUCACAAAUUACACAAGUAUCAAUACUAGGUUUACCAAACGUCAAACUAAAAUGGCUCUUGAAAUACUUGUGGUAGUAAUGAUAUGAUACAUUCCUGUCUGCAUACUAGUCAAAAAACAUUUCAUGCAUUUUCUUGACUGUUAGUUCUCCACUUAGAUAAUAAAUAUCAACAUCACCAUAAUGAGUUUGAUGAACUGGAAAGGAGGAUACAUGGCUAUGAAUAUCCGCAAGAAUAGUAGCGUCUUUUGCAUUUGAUGGUUUGUGUUUUCCCCUCUCAUCACUGGGUGAUUUUCCAAGUAGUAUCAGCUGGCACAAACGCUUGACACUAGAUUUACUAACACAAUAAAUACUCAUAAAUGCUUUCUUACACACAUCAACCAAUUUACUAGAGUCCCUUACAUGGUACACAAACAUAGCUUCUCGUCUGCCAGGUUCGUCUUUCCUGCCCCUUCGUCUUUGAACAUCUUUACGCAUUAUUAGUCCUUGCAAAAACACAUCCUGCUCAUUCUUGGUAUUAAACACAUUCAUUUGGUUUACUGCCUCAAUGAAGGUAUUAUCUGAAACUAGCCUGAAGCACUUUUUCUUGCAACUGAAAUCAAAGAACAGUACAUAAUUAUCAUUACCUCUUGUAAUUUGUUUCGUCACUCUUCAAUAUCUGUUAAUGUUAGUAAUUUGUUUCUAGUACAAAAUGCAAUAAUACACCAAACAAUCUACGCCCUACUAUUUCUAAGUAUUCGGAAAUCUGUGAAACAUACUGUGAUUGAGUUAGAGGUACAUAACUGAACACAUCCAUUUAAUUUUAUUGUUUAGCUUAAUUAUGUUAUUUAUUCAAAAAUAAAAUAUGACAGUUAGUUUUGUAAAGCACUCUUAUUAUAUGCCAUAGAAGUUACUAGUUUAGUAACCUGCAACCUGAUUCGAACUUCUUUAUCAUAAUAAGUUGUGCAUUAUCUGCGACGUCUGCAUAUAACAACUACUACUAUGCCGUAAAAGGGGAAGACUGGAUAGCUCUAUAUAAAUAACAUUCGUGAGAAUGUGACAAUUCACCUAUUGACUGGAGGACUAACUUUUAUUUUUGGAAUAAAUGUUAACUUUUAACUUAUAUUGUAUUAUUAUCAAGUAUCACUCCUUUUUAACACAACACACAAGGGGUUUGUGUUGUUAACUAUAUUUUCAGGACAUCUAUUAAUAAAUUAUUCUGAAUGUAAAAAAAUUUAUUUUCUCUUCAUCUAUAUUCACAGAGAAACAUUUUACUGAUUUAAAUGUAAUGUUCUGCAGUUCGUUUUCCUGAGAUGGCAACACCACUAACAUUUCUCACUAAUUGUAAGACCGCGAGUGUUCUGGUAUUCUCAUUUUACUGUAUUAUUUAGUAUCAUUCUUACAACUUAUUAGCCCUAUGUUCUUACCCACAUUCUUGUCCAGUGCAUCUAGCUGGUACAAGCUUGUUUACAUGGUUCUUGUGUUCCAAACCUUUUACCUUAGCCUUUUUUAUAAUGUUUGUUUUGUAUUUAGCAGUCCUUUUGACACCCUUCCUUCAUAUAUCAUUGAUGUCAAUAGCUUCUUCAAGAUAACUCUUAAACUACUGCUAGAACACGCCAUUUUCCUGCAAACUUACCUUUGUUUUAUUUCUCAACACGCACGAUUGCAACAACAUUUUCGUUCACACUGAGCUGAACAUAUUUGUCAACAGAUAGCAUACAAGUGUCAGCACAUUUAGUUCCAGUUAUUUAAGGUAGAUGGCAUACGUGUCCACACAACCACGCUUACUCUCACAUCAGAAAUUUUUUCACAGUCAAAAUGACCUAAGUCUGAGACUUAGGUUGUUUUGUCUAUAAACAUAAAAAUGCAGGAGCAGAUAAAAACGUAACAAAGACGUGGACUAAAGUCAUUUUACUAGUAAACUGUAGCCCUUUGCAAUUGCUUCACGAUUAGGCAAUAAUGUCAAAACACCAAAAAUGUGACUUAAGUUGUUUUGCAAAUUCACCAUUCAAAUAUUCUCCUGAUGUUUCUGAGAUCUUGGUUGGACAAAUGAAAUCUCAUUUUUCUUGCUCUUUAAAGUUUGUGGAAAAUAAGUUCGUCCAUCACCGAGUGUCCACACGUUUCUUCUGCAUUCCAUUCACAGAGACAGUUUGGUUUGACAAUUCUGGUUUUUUCUGUUUGAAUUCUUUACCUUUCUCUUCGGGCAACAGGUUGAGAGUGGGUGGUGUUUGUGACUGUACCGCUCUUGUAAAUCCUCUGCAUUUAGAAGUGCAGCUGUACUUGGGCUGGAAAGAUUGUUUAGUAGCAUGGUGCUUCACCAGGCCUCCGACACACUCUCUUGGCCCUCCCCUGACCAGUUCUCCGCUAGCACAAGCGACUGGGGCCUACCACCAGUGAUUGCAGCUCUUGUGGAAAUUUGCAUAUUACCAACAAUGCAUUUGCUGAGUUGUCCUCUUUUCUUUACUUAUAUUGUAAACACUUGGGGGUCUUAUUUUGUGAGCUUGUGACUCCUGAAAAAAUUUAAACUUGGUUAUUGUACUCCAGUGAUAACUUUAUUAUUUCUUUUGGCAGAAUCACUGACGUGUCAACAAAAUCACAGUGAAGCAGUAAACAUAGUUGUUCACCCUCUACAUACAUCCUUUCACUUCAUUGUGGUGUAGUGGCAAUUUCUUGAGUGGUUGGUUUGUUACUGCUUUCACUGUCUCCCCUAGUUUGUCAGUGAAGGUAUCAGUAUUUAAUGAGUUGAUUUUCCUUACAUGUUGCAUGUUUAACUUCAGAAGAGUCAUGUGCUAUGUCUUGCAGUCCAAGUGUCUGUAAGGGCAUGUACCACAUUCCUGAAACAAACAGGUGUCUCCCUCUACAUCACAGACUACUUGCAACUUGUAUCAUCCAACCAAGUACUUCAAGUUACCACCAUGUAAAGUUUGAAAUAAGAUCUUAAGAUGUGGAAUACUGGAUAUAUUCUUUGUAUGUAUGAGACAAGUUCUUUAGUAGGUGAGUAAUAUAUCUGUUCACUUUCACCACUUUCUCGUGGAACUGUAAUAGUGAUAGUGUUUUCCAGAGAAAAUUACCAUUUUGAACAUGAGCUACAGUCCCAGGAUGACCAUAAUAGGAAUCUGGUUUUCCAAACACUCUUUUUGCUGACCUCACAUUUCUUACAUUAUUUGAAUGAUUCUUGCAAUGAAAAGAUUAAUUGAAAUUUUUUUUUAUAUGCACACCAUUUCUGGUGACUGUAUGUUAUAGAUAAACCUCGAUCUUUAUCAAUGAGACACGGUGUAACCAGCAGUGCCAUGUGUCCAACAUGUAUUUUGUUACUGAUGGAAUGUAAUGCAAAAUUUUGUACUUUUGGAGGGACAUGGGGAUGGUUGUUUGAACUUGCUUCUUUUCAUUGUGGAUUUACGUGAAUAAACAAUUGAAUUGAUGAUUAAUCUACAUUCCUAGCAAGUUUCGCAAGCUUAUUAGGUUCAUUUUCAUUUCUACGUCAGUUUUCUUUUGGUGUAUUUACCCAUAGAUUCAGUGAUUAUUCUGCACUUUCUCGGUGCAUACACCUCACGACUUUUCACGGAACAUGGCCUCCUGACAGGACUAACACCAACAUGUUCAACUGACUGAUUCAGGGAACACAGUUCUUCUUGUUUAAUUGGUGUCAUUUUUGAUAUUCUGUCAAAGCACUUAAAGGACAGAAAGUCAUCCCUGGAAACAGCUUCACUUUGAGCACUUUUACCCCAACAUGAAGAAUAUCUUUUUUUUUUCUUAGUGGUAUAUAUCUCUGUUGUAUGAAUAUGCAAAUAGUUUGCUCACUUACCUCUCCUAAUGCCCUUCAGAAGACAUUUAAAACGACGCCUUUCCACUAAACACCAUACAGCUCAAACAGAAGCUCACCAAAGCUUACGUGAGUGCUGUUUGACUACAUAUUUUGCAUACUGCUCUCAUUGUUGGUCUAUUGGCAACUGAACUGUGAAUUCAUUUCCUUUUACAUGGUAGGCCAAAAACACAGAAUUAUGUGGAUUAUUACAGAUUGUUGUGGAAUGUUCUGUUACAUGCUGAAAUCAUGUAGAAGCUUCCACAUUUUUCCUGAAGGCCAUUAAUGAUUUGUAAGGUUCUAUGUAAAGAAAAUCCAGAAAAAUAAAAGUAUUUCACAAGUUCCAACUUUGUUUAAUUAUUCAUUUUCAUUCCAUUACUUUAAUCGCUUUGGUUCAAAAAUGAUUUCUGUGUAACAAAAAUCAUAAGUAAAGUGAUGUGUUCUCAUUUUCAGAUUUCUAAGACUUAAGUAUUCUAAGGAAGUUGAAAUAAACAUUUUUAUAAAACCUUUUAAAUUCAAAUAUGUAAAAUCUCUUUAAUAUCUUUAAUAUUUGUGGAUUUGGAGAAGCCAGGGGAUUAAAUAACAAUCUCUGAUCUCUUGACUAUUGCUGUUUUCUGAAAUUUUAAAUAAUUGUAGAUGGAAAGAAACUAAUCGCUGGACUCUUUAAGUUUUCUGAUAUAUGUGAGUUGUGGGAGGGUCAAGGGGUUUAGAAAACACUCAUCAUUGAACUAUUUUCCUGUUCUGAAAUCUUAAAUCUUUGUGAAUGGAAGGAACCAGUGAUUGAAAACAAGUUCUAAACAACAUUGUGAAGGUGGGGGGGAUAUUUUAGAUAUUAAAAAAGUUAUGUAUGCUGCAGCAAAAGAACAUAGACACAUUUCCAAACUGGGAUAUAAUUUUAAUCAGAAAAAAAUUAGUUCUGUGAAUGUAAAAACCUUGUUGCAAAAUAUCUUGAACCGUUCCAGAGGUAUUGCAUUUCAAAAUUUUUCAGAAAAUCCUAAGCGAGAGAUAGGCCAUCUUUGGCAGUCUUUAUCUGAGGCCAAAAAAAAGUGUUUCAUACUUUUUCCUGAACUUAAACAUAAUUAUGUUACUUCAAAAACAUGUGAGACUAGAAAGGUAACUGCCCUGCUUGAAUUAAUAAAGACUAUGUCUUAUGCAGAAAAAUUCACGUUUAAUGUUGGGCGGUUUUAUUAACAUCCUGAAUACAGAAUAAUUGCAUGGUAUUCAUUUGAAACAUAUAUUGUCGCGUAUUCAGUCUGGCUGCAUACAGUUGCUGCUGGUGAAUAGUCUGUGUAGUGUCACAACAUUUUGAGUUAAUUUUGUACACAAAAACAAUAUUGUAACAAUGAUGAGUGUAUGUAGUUUAUUUUAUAUCUGUAUAUUUCACUGAGGAGCUGACAAGUGUUGUUCGUGGCAUGACACAGGCUUUAAUCAUGUUUCUCAUGUGAUGUAUAAAGUGUGUCAUGUUAUAACUUAUUUCAAACAAAAUGAUUGGAAGGUCUACUUCCCAAAUAAAUAAAACCUACUUUUUCAUACUCCACAGCAAUAUUUGUAACUACAUAUUCUCUUACUAGUGUCAUUAAAAUAAAAUUCCAUUAUAACUCCGUGUUAUAGCAAGGCUCCACAUAAUUUUAUGUUAAGUGACCAAAUAAAUUGUUAUUCUAUAUGAAUAUAGAAAAAAUAUUAUUUAAAGUGACGGCUGGAGUCAAUAUAUAAAAAUAAAAUUGUUUUGAUAGCCUAUACAUUAGUCUAAAGAUAAUGAAUAUAAUGGGAUUUUUUUAAUGUAAACUAGCAUGUUAUCAGCCAACUGUAGGAACAGACCAACUCAUAUUGUCUCCCUGUAUUCACAAUGGUUGAAGCCAUGAGACUUCUUGGGUUGCCAUCUGUUGUUGGGUCAGCCAGUUCGUGGCCAGUACAAACUAGAUGUUAUUUUUCAAUUCAAGAGUUACUGCAAACUGAAUUACACUUAUGUUUCAAUGUCCUGUUAGUUAACAUCUUUUUUUAUAAAUAGUUUUUAAAAAAUUGGUUAUGUUUAAAUAGCUGUUCCAAGAACUCUUUAUGAUUUAUUUUAUCUUUUGCAAAUAAUUUUCUACACAAGUAAAUUAAGUUGUAUUUAACAAGUAGAUAAUGUUAUUGUGGAUUUAUUUUGUAAUCCUUAUUGUAGAUAUGUUUUGCGGCUAAGAUUAGAAAUAAUUUUUAUAUUUAUAUGAUAACUUUUGGUUGUACAAAGUGGCCGUAGCUGAUAGGUACGGGGGAAGGGAGGAUUGGACAGCAUGCUGUAGGGUGUUGGCGGGAAGCUCUCUCGCCUCUUACAGUGCUGGACCCUUUCGGAGUCAUCAGCAGUCAGUCUUAUUUGGUAAGGCUGUGAAUUUGUCCUCUAUUCAUUUUAUAAGCUCUUAAGGUCUCUUCAGCUUAGUUAUAUGAUAUUAAACUGUAACUUUAUAUGUUUGUCUCUUAAUGGACCCCAUAAUUAAGCUAUUUAUUUCACAAAUGAUUUAGCAGGAGCUAUGGUAUGCUUGCAACACUAAUUAACAAACCAUAUAGUAACAUAUUAAUACAAAAAUUAUUUUUAAAAUAUGAAAACAUGACAUUUUAUUUGAGAAAUUUAACGGUUUACUAUUUAUCCAAAACUCGCACAUUCCAUGGCAUACUCCAGGAAUUUAAAUUAUAUCCAUUCCUAGACUGGUACAAAUAGCAGUUGAAAUAAACAUUUUUGGUUUUAGGUAGUUUUCUUCAUAUUUUUACAUUAUUUACAUCCUGUGAAAGGGUAAGUCAGAUUUUUGUAAGGCAUUGAAUGUAAUUUUUUCGAAACAUUGUUUCUGGUUCACAUUUUUACCUUAGUAUUCCUGUUGAAAAUAUUGUUAUGUUCAAUAACCCAGCAAAACGGCUAAUAUGGAUGACCGUGCUUCUGAAGGCCCACUGAAGGUUUUUUUUAUUAAUAAGCUGUAAAAUAUUUAUGAGGAACUGUUUUCGUUAUGUUUGGAUCAUUUUUAAAAUUAGUACUGCAAAUAAUUAGAUAACAUAAAAUAACUAAAAAAUAAAUAAUAUUAUAUAACAUUACUAGCAAACCCGGCGAACUCCGUUUCGCCACCAGAUAGCUUUUUUUAUGUAACAUUUCGUUUGGUGAUUAAAAGAUGAAGAAAAUUUUUUUUUUUGUUUUAUAUUUGAAAAGGAAAAAUUUUAUUUCAUUUCACAACAGUAAUGAAUUCAUUUUGAUAACAAAAAUGAAGUGUUAUUUAGUUGAACUUCUCUAAGUAAAUGAUAGUGAAUCCAAAGUAAAUACUGAAUCGAAGCGUUAUACAUGUCCGCAAAUUAUCCGUUUCAUUGAAGUGCUCUUUGGUAAACCACAUUUUUUGUUUUUUGGUCUGACGUUCACACAAACAAAGCGGAUGGUUUCCCAACUCGUGAACACGCAACGUAUAACUGCCCAUGUGAAAAACAAUGAUUUUCUAAAUUUAUUCAGCAAACACUAAGCGAUUGGCCUUGCGACUUGUUAAUUGUCAUUGCGAACGCAAGGCGAACUGGAAAUUGCAAUCGUUUGAAGUUAAACGGAAGAUCAGUCGGAAUCAUUGGUAUUCGAGGAAUACAUACAUUUUCACCUGCGUACUUUCCGUUAAUAAUGGUUGCCUCAAUCAAAUUCGGCAUAAGUCUUUUUACCGAAAGUCGAGUACUGUUGCAAAGUCGCGGUGGAUUCAAAUUACGCAAUAUCAUAAUAACUGUACCAACUUUGAGUAGCAAGUUAUGUGGUGGAAAUCCUGGUAACUCCAGAGAGUUUAAAAACUCCGUUGGAUAAUUUACUACAUCAUCGGGAUUUGUUAUGGAAUCAACGGAUUUGUAUGUCACCAAAUCGCCAGAAAUUUUUGAUUGGAUGGUGAAAUUCAGUGCGUGUACAUCAUUAUUCUUUGCGGCAAGAAUUGCUCGUUGACUUAUCCAAGCAUAAUUCUGAUAAUUCUCACUAAUGUUUGGGAAAACAUUUUCAAUAAGAGCUAAUUGAGAGUCUACAAAUCGGCAAAAGUCGUUGGUAAGAGUAAUUAAUCCAGAUGUCGCAUCAACUGGGACUUUUCCAUUUCCAACAUCUAACAAUUGUUUGGAAAAUUGUGCAGCACUUUGAUCAUUUUGAAGUUGAACUCUCAUAUUAGUGGUUAGCGAUAAUGUUUUUACGUUAUUCCAUAAAGGUGAUGCCAAAGUGGAGGUUCAAACUAUUGACCGGAAAAUCCCACAAUAUCCAACAAAAAAAAACUUACGUAAAAAAUGUUGGAAGAUUUUAAGGUAGUUAGUUUCACUGAAAUGAAAACUUAUCUAUUGACUCAAUAAAAUAAUCUGGCUUUCAGCAAACAAUUGAAGUGUUUUUAUUAUUUCAUGAAUGGUUGUGUUUGGUUUUCAUUGCCGCCGGCCGGAGGGGGAUUCUGGCUCUGGCUGAGAAAUGUUGGUUUGUCCUGAAUUUUUCCUGAAUUUUCUUUGCUAUAAACCUCACAGAGCCCGAGACCUUUCCAACGAAUGCAAAACCGUGGAAAUCGGUUCGUGCGUUCUGGAGUUAUAGCGUCAGGAAGGAAAACCCGACUUAUUUUUAUAAAGUAGAUAAUACAUUACUGCAAGUUAUUGAAACUGCUUUCUCCAUUAUUACAUUUUAUAACAUGUUCUCCUUAUGAGGAGAUAAAAAUAUCAGCUCUCAAUAAAAGUAAACUGAUAUUUGCAUCAAAUCUGAGUGAUGAUGAAUGUGGGGUGGACGUGGUCUGUAGUAAUUUAAUUAAAUUCCUAUAUCUAUGACAAAAAUAAGUUUUUUUAUUUGAACCUGCUUUUUUUCAAGGAAAUUGGUGGUCAUGGAAAUGUUAAGUUGGUUUUUGAAAAAUGAAAUGAUUUCUUUAUUUUUAAUACAGAAACUUAAUGAAGCUGUAAACAUAGCCAAGAUGAGAUCCAAACAUAUAUUAUAUUGGAGUGCUCAUUAAUUCACAUUAAAUCAUAUAUAUUUUGGCAUGUAGAUUUUCAAUUAGAAAUUAUAUUUUUCAUACUUACUUACUUACAUCAUACAUACUUUCUUUCCAAAGAAGCUCUCUAGCUAAACAUUUUGCCCAAGUUAAAAUUAAUUUCUUUUUGACGUGACGUCUAAUAAAUCAAUUAAAAUGCACAAAAAAGUGUCCCGUUACGCACAUUGUUCCGUUACGCUGUGUCCCGUUACGCUCAUUUUUCAGUUAUGCUGUGUUACGUUGCGCUGUCGGCGAGUGCAGUAUUAAUAGGUUAUGUUACAAUUUACUAAAAAAUUAUGGUGAUUCAUAUAAUUGAUGAUAAAUAUUUGAUUACAGUUUAUUUAUAUGAAAACUUGUUCAUAAUUAUAUUUAAACUUUAUAGCUAAACGCCAGUUUUUAAAAUUAAUUACAAGUCAUCUACAUGUGAACUGUUUCGUCGACUGUUUAUAAAGUGAAGUGAAAAGUUAAUGUGGUUUUCAUUGCUUAUUACCACAACAAUUUCGGCAAUAAAGGUUAAUUAUUCUUGCAUUUUAAAAAUCUGAUUACUAGUAUAAUAUCAAGUAUUUAUUCUUUUAUUAUUAAAAUAAAAAUGAUUCAAGUUUAUUCAUAAAAGUAUGCAAUCAUUUCAUCAAUGUUUUGUUAUGACGUCACAUUAAACUAUCGUCCGUAAACUAACUUUACAGACAACCAUUUUUUUUUUUUAAUAUAACAUGUAUGAUUUUGCUUUUUAAAAUUAUUUACAAGUUUAAAUUGAUGUGACUUCUGGCUAACACUUUUAUUUUGUUGCAAAUGUUUUGUUGUAUAUUUUCAUCAGAACAGCAAACAUAUCAGAGAUUUAUUUAAGAAAAAAGAAAGAGAAACAAUUAUUUGAAGUUUUAAACUUUUCGCAUACAUUUGCCAUAGUUGAAUCAGCAGCAGCUAAUAUCCUAAAAACAUGAGGGAGCAGUCAGUUCCCUUACUUGUAGGUUGUGUGUGUGUCUAAAAUCGUUUUGUGAUGAGUGAAUGGAUUAUUAUUUUUAUUUAUUUCAAAUUGUGAGUGUACUCAGGCCAUCCAUUAGAAAUAUUGUAGUUUAGGUUGAUCAUGAAACUUUCAUAUUUCUAGGAUUUAAUUUUUUUUUUUAAAUAAGGCUACAAAUUUGGUUGCAAUGUAAACCAUUUUAGCCGGCAUAGUAUGAGGAACAAAAAACCUAAAAGUGUAAAAAUCAAGGUAUAUAUUCCUCGUUUCUCAAAUUGACUUUAUUUUCCUACAAAUGUGUACAUUAAUUAUGUUCUCUAUCUUUGCUCACACUACCACCCUACAAGACUUGAAUACUUUGAUGUUCCUUACAGGUUACUGUUCACUGAUCUUGUGGUUGGGUCCACAACCAUCCUGUGUGUAGGUGUAGCACAGAGCAACUGCAUUGUUUCUGAAACCAAACUGCAAGUAGCAUUCAUGCUUCACUUAAAUUCCCUAGUUUUAUUUAGCAUUCCUCUUUUUUUUUUUUUCCAUCAGUUAUUUGGCAAUGUUCUUUUUAUCAGUUAAUAGAAAAGUGCUCCUCCGAUUUCUUACAAAAUGUGUGAGUUUUCUUUUCUUUAUGUAUAAGUGUUAGGAAUGUUGUAUAGUUGAAAAAGAUUGUGUAAACAAUAGCUCUUAUGAACAAGAAAUGCAGUGUGAUAAAGGUUAGCAUUAAGCAAAUGUAAAUGCUAGGGAAUGACUUGCUACACACUGGAAUUAACCAUGUAAAUCUUUUGUAUUGAUGCAAAUACUGAAGGUGCCUGAAAAAUGUUUCUAAUUCUAGCAGAAAUUUUACAGUUAUAAGUUGUGCGCUGUGUUUCUACACUCCAUUAUAAUCAUGUGUGCUGUAAAAUACAUUUAAAUCAUUGAAAUCUUAAACUGAUGUGCACACGCUGGCCCAUUAUGGGUGAAGUGCGUUAUUUAAAUAAAUGAAUACAAUAAAUGCAAAGCCUCAUCAUUUUCAAUUGUUAGAAAUCAUAGACAAAAAUUCAAUUUGAUAACUAGCUCAUAACCUAAUAGGUCUCCAAGUUAAGGAUAUUGAAAACUGAAAUAAUUUUUAUAUCUUUGAGGUUACAGCAAACUGAUUAAAGAUGUUCACAGGUGAUGCACAGAAAAUGCUUGCAAAAUGACAAUGUUAUUGGAAUAUGGAGCCAUUCAAUGAAGAUGUUUUCCCAUAACCUUUCUGCUUGUCACCAGACCUCUUGCGCAAUGGGAAUGGCAACCUUUAGUUGAAAAUUAAUUUUAAAGGUAAAAUUGAUCCAACGGGCUGACACGGAGACUGAGGUGUUCUCCACGCUUUACCAAAACACGAACCAACAUGUGGUGUGUUUUUCCGUGAUCUGCGAGACUGUGGGGCCACUGCUUGGAUCAGUGACCCUGUGUGUUCAAUACUGUAAUACUAUUUUAUCAAUGAAAUAUUAAAAGUUUGUUUGACUGAUAAAUAUCUUUUACUUUAUUUUGGACAUUUAAACUAUUGAUUAUUUGUUUGAUACUUACUUAAUUUAAAGAAGGAGUAAAAUAAAUUUGUAGCAUUAAUGUUACAAUAUCUGUGUAUUGCCAUAGCAAACAAACCAUAGAUAAAUGCAACCCUAACAGUUUCUAACUUCGGAUAUUGUUUUCAUUAAACUUCAAUAUAAAUAGGUUUGGCUUUUUAACAGUCCCAAGUAUAAUGAUAAAAUUAUGCCACUAAAAUUUCACAAUAUUUAGUAAUUAUUAUAAUUAAAAUACAUCACUAACAUCUUAUUCAUUUCACACCACCGAUACAACAUGGUAUAUAACGUAGCACCGUUGUGUUAAAUACCAUCCAAAAUAUUUGUUUAUAAUCGUAGGUUGCGAUAUAUACAGUCGGAAUGUCAUUAAUGGUUGGAGUGUAAUGAAAAAUUCUGUGUUCGUAAUCAUGCAGCUUUUUCCUGCAUGACUCUUCACAGCCUACAAUGUUUACUGUGUCUUGUAUCGCAAAAUGUGUAUUCAUAAUCAGCCUUCUGGUCAAAUGUCACUUCUGUUUGCAAUAACAUUAAUUAAAACAUCUGGAUGAGGUAAAAAUUAGUAUUUUUAUAAUUGCUAAUUUUGGAAGGAAAUGAACAGGGUUAGGAUUUAUUUGUGACUGGCUGCAGCUGCAUGUACUCUGUCAGGAGUCAAAGUGCUGAGCCUCUGCCAUUGAUGCAGAACGAAUGAAUGAACAAAUGUUCAGGUGCGACCGUGCGGUGUUGUGACAGUUUGCUUAAAGCUUAUUACAUGGCUCAUGACUACAUUACUAUACACAUGAAAAAACGUAGCGUUUCCUUAAAACGUAGCGUUUAUUGAAACAUAGCAUUUUGAAGCACAAUUGCCCAUAUAGACAAAGAAUUUUUUUUUUUUAUGUUUAGUGAUGUAACAAUGAUUUUUCAACAUCUAUCAACUAAAAAGAGAGUAAUACUUGAAAAAAAGUACAUUUGCUCUUUUUAUAGUUUUUAUUCCCUGUGCGGAACUAUUGGGAAUACAUCAGAAAGUAAAAAACCCGUGUUUACCUUGAGCAGGGCAGAUGCUCUGUCAGAGAUUCUCAGUGGAUCACUAUUCCAUACAUUUACUAAAGCUUAAUCAUUCAAAUAUUUUUGUGAUGGUGCUAAUAGCAUGACAGCAAUAUAAUUUUCUAUGGUGGUUAGUGGUUCUUACAAAAAAAAAGUUGUGAUUUGUCAAUGAAUCAUUAAUUUAUUUAAUUACAGAACAUGUUCCGAAAUUUGAAUACUUUAGAAGGAUAUAUGCAACAUGACUGAUUACCAAAGAGAGCAAUAACACUGAUUCCUGCUGACAUUUUAGUUAAAAAGCAACGCAAAGUACGUUUUUAAUAGCUUCUUGCAAUGAUUAUAUUGUUAAAUUAUGGUACAUCCGGAAUAAAACCAUACCAUUGAAGGAAAAAACACAUCGCCCAUUAUGGUAUAAAUCUGAGUAUAAAUAUAUCACACUUAACUCAAAUAAGGAGCAUCAAAACAUUAAAUAAUUUGGUUAUCUAGGAUUAAAUUUUACCACAGCUGGAAAUAUUCAAUAUCUCAUUGCAGAAAUGUCAUGUUUUCAUCACACUCCAAUUGCAUUAGGUUGAGCAAUUUGCAUGCAAAGUUAAUAUUCUGUAGCUUUCUUACAGUUAAGCUGAAGAAUAUUUUAUCAAGAUAAAAAAUUGUCUCAGUAAAAUCAUAACCCAGGUUCAACGUUAAAUGUCAAGCUAUGCCCGGCAAACUUAGUUUGUAUACAGAAAUGCAGUUUUAACAUUCAUCUGGAUAUGAAACCAUGGUAAAGCUGAACCUUAGCCUUGUUCAUUUAUACAGUGCAUGAGAGGGUUAGUUCUCAUGGCAGCAUAGGUUUGUUUACGUUGUACACUAAAUUUGACUGGUGUGUACAGGGCAUGGCACAAAUAACAUUCUAUCAUGUCCCGCCAUCACUUUUCAUGUUACUGAAAUUUACUGGCAAAUUUUUCAUGACCUCGACGUCAAAAUUAUGACACAUUUAUUAAAUUUGUGCAUGUUUACUAAAGGGUUGGGCUCUUUCACAAGCGAGGGAAACGUCAGGAGGAACCUUAGCUGUAUUGGCUGGGUGUUUUAGUGAUUGGUGGUGCACGUCUCACUCGCAACACGGGCCGUGCUGUGCCUGUAGCUUCAGUGAAGCUGCCACCGCACAUUGUCGCAUAACAGUUUGGUGCCAUAAUUCAUACUUGUAGCAAUGUCCAGAGCGCUGGUGGAGUAAUGAACCUGCUGUCGCCUAGACCCGACGACUUGGCUCUCCGACCCCAACCCGGUCUUGUCACGUCCUUGUCUUUCCUUUGCUCUAUUCUGCUCCAUUUCCGUCGAGUCCGUUCUUCGGGUAGCUUAGUUUUUCAUGUGUGACGUGUGUGUGUGUGAUGUUUCAUAUGUUUUAGUAUGGAGCAUGUGUGAGUGCUUUUAAGGAGUAUUCUAUAUUUGCGACUGAGUUAUGUCCCAAAAAUAACUAGUUUUAGUUUUAUGUUCCUCCAAAAUAUUACAGUUUAAAAUAUUGGUUCAAAAAUUAUAACUUAAAAUGCAGUUUAAAACUGUAAAUCCAAGUUGACAGCCUUUGUUUGAACAACUUGAGUUAAUAGAAGUUUGGUGCGAGAGUUGUGAGACAUGAUGCCAGAUACAGCUGCAGUGUCAUGUCUGGAUGGGAAGAGAUGCACCUGUGAGUUCUGUGAGUUCUGUGAGUUCUGUGGGUUGGAACAUUGCAUGUGCUUAUUGCACAGUGUGUGUGACUUACUGUACAUACAAUAUGCUGCCUCGUGAAAGCAGAUUUGUAAAAUUGACAACAAAUUAUACUACAUGUUAGACCACAAUGUUUAUGACAUUGCAAAUUUUAAAAUUAACAUUACCAGGUAUUGUAUUUCUGAAAUAGUAUUAUAUGUAUAUAUAUAUAUACACAUACACAUGCACACAUAUAUACUAAGACUCUAAGAAAAAGUAAGUAGGUGUAUUCUGUAGGAAUAGAUUAACCUUAAGGGCCAAGAAUUUGUAUAACAUGUAUCCCUUGCAUGUAAAUUUAUUAUUGCCUAUGAAUGUAGUGCCAUGUGUUGUAUAUGAUAGCUUUUUUAAAACAUAUUACUUUGUAGAGUUAUAAAAUGUGUGUGUCGAAACAACGGUGUAUUAGAUUAAUUUAUGCUAAAUAAUGUACAUAAUAUUCUCAAUUUUUUUUUUUUUAUCUAGGUAGUAAAUGUGUGAGUUCAAGAUGCCAGUGCAUAAUGCACAAUGCUGGUGUUGGCAUCACUGGGGCAUCUACAAUAGCAGGAACCAUCAAACCACUCAUUUCAAUAACAAACCUUUUCAGUAUUAAUUUAACGGCGAUACAAUGGGUGAUGCGUGAGUUAGAGGUGAGAGCAGAGAGCAGACUGCAACCCAUCGUGUGACAGGUCCUUUCCCUCGCCACUGUGCUGGCAGCUGUGGCCUGGUGAGGUGGCAACUGUGCUCAGCCAGUGUGGCCACGGGCGCAGUGCUCUUCCAGGUAUGUAGUGGUGUGCCGGCUGCACACUCGUGCAUGUGGUAGUGUGCUGGGUAACCAUGGCCACGGGCGCAGUGCUCUUCCAGGUAUGUAGUGGUGUGCCGGCUGCACACUCGUGCAUGUGGUAGUGUGCUGGGUAACCAUGGCCACGGGCGCAGUGCACUUCCAGGUAUGUAGAAGGCUGCUCUCACGUGAAUAUUCUGAAAUUAAAAAUCUGUUGUAGAAACUACGGGUAAUUGCAUAUGAAACCUUGUCCAUUUCUCAGCGUGAGUUGUUGCCAUUUUGGUUUUGGUAAUGUUUAAAUACUUAUAAAAUCAUGGAAAUUUACCAUGAGAUAUGAAAUACUUAAAAUUAAUAAUUUGAGGAACUAGCCAAUAUGAGGGCAUGCCUGCUGCUAGACACGAGAGCUCACCCUCCACGCCCACUACUGAAGACCUCGGCAGCAGGUGUUUGUACAUUACAACACCUUGGAAUAUGUUUGGUAAACUAAGAUAACUGUUGUUACAAUUAUUAUAAUACAUAUUCUCCCUCUAAAUUCCUUGGAGGCUUGCUUGUACUUGGUAACCUCAAGGGACGGGGUUCUUAUCUAGUCGCUGGGAAAAAAAAUUUUGUACAAUAUAAUUAAUAUAACAAUGAUGUUAAAUUGAUAUAAUAAGGUUAAGGCUUGUUCGUAGGAAAUAUUUACAGGCUAAUUUCAGUUGUGUAAGCGAAAACAAAUAAACAAAUAUAUACUUAGUGGUAUAAUAAUUAUUAAAAUGUUUCAGGUUAAUAUUUUAGUAAUGCCAUAGAAGUAUAACUUCUAAGUUGCGGGAACUUCGUAGUAUUAACUAUUUAGUGAAUUUUAACAAGUUUGAAAGUAUUUUAAUAAAAUUCCUUGUUGAAAAUUAGUAUUAAACCCAGGGUUUUAUCGGUUGCCGUAACAAGAGUUUGUUGGCACCGGGUGUGCGGGUGUUCAUUCGUACGAGUUCCUAUUGCCGUGAGAGGAAUGUCUGAUUGGUCUGGUCGGCCUGAAGUCGGUCGUAGGAAAGGCAAGCCAGAAGAGUGGAGGGACUGCGUGACCUGCAAUUCUUCCACAUUCAGGUGUCACGUUUGCGAGAUUACCGCGGAUCAAGUGUUGGUUUGGUCACGGUUUGUUGUUUCCGAGGGUUACGCACUUGUAAAAAUUCAUAUUCUUCAAAGUGAACAGAUGCUGAUCCAGUUAGGGUAGUUGUGAUCUCAGGUAUUCAAUCUCUGCCACCAAAGGGAAGCCACGCUCUGUAACAAUCCACCACCCGUGUGACGCCUGGCUGUGUUAGUGCUACGUUCAUACAGUUUACAGUGAUCGCAAACACAUUGAAGCUACCACAGUUUUUAUGCUUUUCAUCGUGGCACUCUUUAAGUACUACAACUUCAUUUACAAGCAAGUCCAUUGUUCUGGUAAGGACUGUUGGUAGCAUCAGUUCUCUGCAGUUCCCAGGAAAUCAUGGGAGAAUUAAAACUAACCUGUGUUUUAGUAAGUAGGUCAGUCAUUUUGUUGAGAAGGCCUCUUGACUGCCUAUUUGCAGAUUCAGCAUGGAUGUAUGUUGAGUCUGGAACUUUUCAACUGUUGCAACUUUUGAACAAACUAUAUUCUUAUCAGUUCAUCUCCACUCUUGGUUAACUAGUCCUACUUAAUUAUUAAUUGUUAAUUAUUCUGGUAACUUCUGUAUGCAUGCAACUCAAGCAUGGUAGAUUUCUUGUGAGUCCUGCACUUUCAGCUGGAAGUGAUACACAUGUAAAAGUCCAAUUCAAGUUGAAUGAGCAUUUUGUACUUUCAAAUUCAAUGCAUAUCAGUCAUUUUCUUUCUGUUUUUCAGCACGUUACGCGAAGAUCAUCUCGUACAAGUUUUAUGAAAUGCUUAAAGUUUUCUAAAUUUUCAUAAUUGUUUUAGUCUGUAUAAUGUUAUAUAUUCUUAAAUAGAUAAAGCUUUUGCAAGUUUUUGCAGACUGUUGGAUUGUUGUAACUGUCACGAGCAUUGUUACUGUCACAUACAUCGUUGAAGCACCCGUGGCUUGGAGGUGGACAUAGUUCACACUCGUUUGUAAACAGUGCAGCAAAGAAAGGUUUGCCAUUAUUGUGUAGCAGUAGAGUUCAAUAUUUAUGGUAAAUAAAAUAAUCAUUUGUUUGUAAUAUAAUUCAAAAUGCAUUGAAUUUUAUGUGAUUAGUGCAGUAUAUUUUAACUAGUUAAUUAUUUUUAGGUUAUUUUACCUGCUUAAUUUAUUUGUACAUGUCAUUUCAAUAAUAUUACGAUUAUGUAAUGUUGCAAUUUGUAUGUAAUGUUCUCAAGUUAAUGCAAAAGUUAAAGGGAACAUGUUCUAAUUGACUGGUCUGUGCCGAGAUCUCAGGCUGCUAGUUCAACAUUAGAGCCAUGUCUAAUGCUGUGCUGUUUGUUGGUGUGCUGCAGAACUAGUUAGAGAAUCUUUUGAUAUGACCUCCUAUAAACUAUAUAUUGCUGAGAAAAGAUAGUUUUUUUUCCCUUUCCCCCCCCCCCCCCCCCUUAAUUUUUGUCAACAUGCCAACACAUCCCAUGGGUUGAGAUUUUGACAUAAAGGUGCACAUACAAGUUGCUACGGGUGUAGUGGGCAUGACAUGCAAGGUAGAAAAAUAAAAAGUUUUAACUAAUCAAAUAUAAAAUGCUCUUUUGGACUUAAUGUAAUAGACAGAAGCUGUUACUGGAAUAAAUAACAAACAUUUUCAUUCUUCCAACAAAAAUAAACUUCAAAUUGAGAAAGAUACAUUCUCACAUCACAUAAAUGCACUCGUCAGUAGUUUACAGUCAUUGGUGACAAGCAGGACAUUUCCCUGAACGUCAGUGUGAUGAGAGUCGCUAUGAGCCACAACACCUCUUCAAUUGAAAUAAUUAAUUCGUAGCUUUCACGGAUUGUACUGAUUGCUAGUAAUGUUCCUCACAGCACUAUAGAUCGUCUGUUGUGCAAGGAGUAUGUUGAGCUAAGAGAAUUUAACAUUAAAUUAACAAUGAGAAAAUGUCGGAGAAUGUUAUUUUUCUGUCAUUUUGUAGCCACGUCGAACUGAUCAUGUCCAAAAAACUUUGGGAAACAAGGUUUUGCUCAUUGUGGCUGUCCGGCUGAGAGUGGAUGGCAGAUGCUUGUGACGGCAUCUACCGCCGUAGUGCAUGGACUGUACAGCUUCAGGAUUGCUGUCAUUUCUUAAACUGUUGCCAUUCACAUUGUUAAUAAUUACAAGAAUAGUAACCAACAUUUUCUAUGCACAGUGUCGCAUGCCCCAAAGCUUAAAUACUGUUUACAUUUUUUUGUUCAGGCUUCUUAAAUAGAGUUACGUUAUGUUACAUGUAUGUAAUUUUUUUCAACUUUUGAAUAUUGUUCGUGGAAUUCUUCCUCAGUAUAAUAGUGAAAUAGGUUCAAGAAUGUGCAUAGUUAAUUUUUAAGUCUGCAUAUUCUACUUGUAUAAUAGAAAGAUCAUGUAUUAUGAAUUGUUUAGAAGGAAUAUUUCAUUUUUCAAUGCAUAAAAAUAAAAAUAUUUUUUUUGAAAGAAAUUUGUAUGGUAACUCAAAUAAUAUACAAAAUUUUGUUCUUAGUCUCAUUUUUAUAUUGUACUUGUUAUGCUUUUUGAUGUUCUUAGAAAAGUGGGUAAUCUCAAACAAAAUGUAGUCGUACUUAUUUUAAUUUAAAUCCAACUUCAGUAUCCUGAACUGCUUUCAAUUAGAAAAUUCUUUUUUUGUAAUUGAAAAUUCGGGAUUUAUAUAAAGAAAUUAAAAGUGUAGUUCUCCAAUAUUACAACUGCAUUAAUACUCGAAUCAUCAAUUUCUACGUCGUACUUCUAUUGUUGUUAUCGGUAUUACUGCUGUUUACUGGAACUAUGUAAAUUUGUAACAUCUAUGGUAUUUUAUCAACUGCCUGCAGUAUAGUACUAUAUAUGCAAAUGCUUACAUAGCAACAUACUCUAGUGCAUAAACAAUUUCAUUUCUUGAAUGUACAGUACUGAAUGAUUGAAUAGUUUGAAGUGAAGUGUGGGUUUGCAGCAGCGAGUGUUCCAGACCACGCCUCUGAGUGCAGUUGGAUCUGGACGUAGCAAGGAAGUGUUGCUAGCCGUUAUGGCUGUGUGUCAGUUUGUGAGACUAUAGAGCUUAUUGCUGUUUCCCACUGUACAUAUGUAGAACAUUUGUCUCAAGUUGUAUGCAAUAGCCAUUGUACAGGUUCAGUGCCCAGGCAUUCUGCUGUCUGGUGGCUCGACUUUGUCUGUGAAGUGUGGGAUGUUACCCGUGUAGUUCUUGCAUAUCUAUACUAUUAUCAAAUAAGUUUCAUUAAUUAAACUUCAUAGUAACACUUAACUGCAUUAGAGUAUGUUUCAGCAUGUCAGACAUCAAUUUGUUGCAUGUUCGAAGAGCUUGCAUUCAACCGACCUCUCUCUCAAUUAGGUUAAGAAAGAGAAACCUAGGCUCAAUGGUAAAUGUUAGAUUGGUGUGAUAACAGUAUAUAUAAAAAUUCUUUAUUUUUUAACACAACAUGAUUUAAUAAUUGGGAUGAUUUUCUUUUAAAUAUAUAAAACUUAAUUGUUAAAAAAUUCUUGAAAAAAUGUUGAUCACGCAAACUUAAUGUUUAAAUAAAAGAUGAAAAAUACUCUGAUCUUGCACAGACAUUACAAAAAAUAAUAAUAAUAUGAUAUCAUGAAACUAAAUUACCUUUUAUUACUACAGUUGAAGACUACUCUUAAUAUUAUCAUAAAAUGAACAAAGAAAAUAAACAUGUGGAGAACAGUUAGCCAUAAAAAAAUUAACGAGUUUAGCACAUGCCACAGUUGUUUAGUUGCACAUCUGCCCUUUGUCUUAUAUGACAGGGUGUAUUGUUAGGCAAUGCUUAUGUGUGUCUAUUUUGAGUCUGCACACACUGUGGUAGGUACUUAUGUUAUUACCCCAGGGAUGGUUGCGAAGAGUUAUUUUUAGAAUGGAUUAACUAUAGACCGUCUCACUCUUAGAUUGCAGUACACGGCUUGUGGUGGGCACUUAUCAAAUCUCUCAACACAUUUCCAAUUUCAUUAGAUGUGUUUCUUUAGAAUUAUGACUGCACAAGAAGCAUUUUAAGAACUCGUAGCACAAUUUAUAAUAUUUUAUACUAUCAUGCUUAUAAAUUUGUAAUAAAUCCCCCCUUUUUUUUAACUCUUAACUUACAAAAAGAAACCGUUCACACAUAUUCAUUGGUACAAAUUCAUAGGGUAAUAUUAAAGUGAACUUUACAAAUAAAUUAAUAACAACACAUACCUUUUAGUCACAAUCAAUAUCGCGGACCAAAGUUCAGCAAAGCUUUAUUUUUUUUUAUUUUAAAUACUUUCAACACAAUUGGGCACACUCUCCCUCGUAGCUUACCAAUGUAGUUUUUUUUUAUUUGUUCGGCCUCCCAUAGUUUAUAUUUAUGUAAUCCACAUAAAACUAUAAAAUAAAAUCACAUGUGAAUAAAUAACUCAUCAAAAGUGUAAGUGUAACUGUAACAAGUAGGCUGGUUUUCAGAAAUACGUGUCGAAGGAAAAAGCUGAACUAAGAAAUUUAUCUUCGAGCUUGCUUGCAGGACAGAACCUGCACUGCUAUGGACAUGAAAACUUUGGGAGGAAUUGAGAUGGCAUUGCUUUUAAAAACAAAUUACAUUCAUUGUGAACAUCUUUCAUGCUUUAGACACCCUUCUCACUUUAAUAGCCAAACACUUAGCCAUUGAUAACUUAUUGAAAAGAGUGUUUCUUAGGAAAUGCAUUUUAGGAUUAUAAAAGUAAUUAUAAAUUUGAAAAAUAUACCUUUUUUGUCUUGAGAUUUAUUGGGUGGCAUACUACAGUGUGAAUUUAUUAACAUUAAAAAAUCUGAAGUGAAUAUACCUGUUAGUUAAUUUUUUUUAUAUGAUACAUUUUAGAAUACUUCAGAAAAGUUUCCAGUGAGGAAAGUUAAUUUUUAUUAAUUUUUUCUGCCCCUUAAAAUGCCAUUAAACAUGAAGAAAAGUAUCACCUAAUGCUUAUUUCAAUGCUUUACAAUAUGGGAAAAUGCUUUGUCUAAAAAAAAAUUUAAUUGGUAUGAUAAUAUGGCAACAGCACCCCAAGAAACAAGCACAGUGCUAGCGGCAGUUGGCGUGUGUGAGGAAGAGAGAGCACCCAUUCACUUCCACACUGCACUAUAACAUGUAGUGUGUUCUUGUCACUUCUUUCUGUGUAUGGGUCCACCGUAGCAAUGUGUGGGAGUCCGGGAGCAUUCCUUCGUGACUGAAGUCUGUAGUGACCCCUACCUGACUUGGGGGUUAUUGAUAUCCCAGUUAUAGGCUAGAUAUUGUGGUUUUAUUGGAAAACAGAUGAUUUGGAAUUUUUUGUUUUUACUUUGUAAUUUUGUACAUAUUUGAUGUAGUAUGUGUCAUGCAUAUUUUAUAUAUAUAUAUAUAUAUAUAUAUAUAAUAUGCACAAGUAUUUUUAAUUCUUAUACACUCUGCAUUUGUGAUGGUUAAGAAAAAGAAUACUUCAAUUUUUUCAACAUGAAAAUAGCUCUGUGUGUUCUAUUGUGAUAUUGAUUGGUAAUUAUAUAGUUUAUUUUCUUUCAGAUCGUAAGUUUUGUAAUAGUUAAUGCUAUUUAAAAUAUUUUAAUAAAAGUUAAUAAUCAAGCAUGCAUUAUAAUUUUUGUUCUUGAUACUCUCAGUAGAGGUUUUUCUAGUACAUGUUGCAUCUUAACAUGUGAUCAAACGCUUGUUAUUAGUUAAAAGGUGAUUUUCCACAAUAUUUCUUCUAGUUGAAAAAGUAAGUAGAGUUUGUGUUUUUAUUACAAUUUUAUUAGUGUAUAGUUAAUUUGCUUUUGAGUUGUUUUGAUUAGCUCGCACCACCAUUCAGUCUCUUAACUUUUUAUAGAAUACAAAUUCAUGCUUUUAUUUUGUUUGUGAUAGCUUGCAAGUGGUCAAUGUUAAAAAAAAAAAUAAUCAACUGUAUGUGUUAAGAAAACUCUUUGGCUGAUAAUCUUUGGAUUAUACAAGGUUGUAUGCAGUUAUAUUGGGUGACUGUUUCUUAGAUCAUACCCAAAAUGAUGGAAUCACUUUAUGUGAGAGACUUAUUUGUGUUAUAGUGGGGCUGUUGGCUCGUCGCCCAUGGUCUGUACAACUUGCUCAUUUUCAGCCAUCUUGCCUUGUACCAAUGUGCUACAUACAACCGUGGUACAUGCUCGCACCGACGUGUAAGGUCAGUUUUAUGUAUAAGUGGGUCGGACGUGUUGUGGUUGGUAAGCGUGGUCGGCAGCAGCCCUGGUCUCGAGUGUUCACUUGGAUCGGGAUCAUCACACACAGGUGUUUCACUUGGACAUGAAUGGAUUCUGGUUCUGAAGUAAAGGUAUCUUAGAACUGCAACCUUAGGGGAUUGCAAAAAUAUGAAAUAUGCACACACACACAUACAUGUGUGUGUGUGUGUGUGUUUUACCCUUAGUUCGCAGUGCAAUGGGCAGCAUUUUCUCUCAGAUUCCAAGACACGAUUUCUGCCAUUAGCAUGUUCCUUGUGUGGGCACACUGUUGUCAGAUGUAUGCCAUAGAGCACAAAUGUUUUAGGCGCAAGUCUUUCAUGUUUCAGAAAAAUUACAUUGUUUGUGUAAGGUAAUGAAACACUAUUUAAAUGUAGCUGUAACAUGGUAUUCUGUACAGGCAAAUGUUGAUGGAUAAUUUUUGAAACACUAAAAUUAAUUAUAGUAAAUAUCAAUCUUUAUUUUAACCAUUUUAUCACUUUAAUUUAUUACUUAAUUUUAAGAUUAUGGCUUUGUUUGAGUGUAACCAGGAUGUCAACUGGGUUGUGAAAGUCCUGACAAUUUCACAAAUAAUUAAUGUUUUUUGUUUAAAUCACAAAGUUACAGAAGGUUUUAGUCUCGAGUACGUGCGACUUUCACACACACGCGACGACAUUUUGAUUUGUAUCCAAUUUUAAACGUAAAAUGAGUUGUUGCAACCAUUUGUAGUGUACGAGAAUUUUUAUGGGUAACAAUAAAUAUAAUAUGGUAUUUGCAGCCACCAUAUAUGUGACAAUAAAUGGGGGUUUUGGCACCUGCGGUUUUAAUACUGCGUGUAAUCACUGACAUUUUGAAGUACAUAAAAUUACGUUGGGUAAAUCUAUGUUUGGAAAAGUAAUUGUUAACCAGUUUACCAUAAUCAUGACUUCACCCAACCCGUCUGGAAACUAAAUGUACAUAUUUAAGAUGUCUUUGGAUUCCACUUGACAUCUCAUCUUUUGUGAACCCACACUCGCAACAGAUGUUCAUUACUUGGGAACUGAUGGUAUUAGGUAUGAUUUGUUUACCAAACUAUUUGUACACGGCCACUGUAUGCCAUGUACCUGCCAUCAAAUUUAUGAUAUAAUUUUAAAAAGCUCUUAAACUAAUAAUAUUAAUUCCCUUAAAAAAUGUUUUAUUUAACUUGUUGCCUGCUAGUUUUUAACAAAACAUUUGCGCACAUACAAUAUAGGUAAUAAUAUUAUUUUAUAACAUGUGCUCUUUGUACAAUCAGACUCCUCACAACAACAAUAACCAUUUCCACUUGAAGCUAUAACACCUUGUGACGAGCAGAUUUGCUACUAAACCACAGUUUCGAAAAGGAGCGGGCGGGGUGGUAAGCUAGUGAUGUGAUUCGCAGAACGAUACGAGAGCAAUCGAGGCAACCUCUCUCCACUAACCUCGGGCUCAUACAAUUUUUAUAUUCAUAUCAUGUACACUGUUUUUAGGAAGAUAUAUUUUUAAAAUAAUAAAACUGUUUGAGGUCUAAUAUACUAUCAGAUAACAUCACGCAUAAGCAGCUUGAAUUCAGAAGUUCCUUUGUUUACUUAAAAAUAACAUCCUGGUGCUCUUUUGCUGAUAACUCCAUGUGGCAAGUGCAUGUGCUUCUUUUGGUUUCCCGAUUUGUGAUUUAAAUAACACGCUUUUAAUUGUCUGUGUUGUAGCAGUAAUACAUGUCAUACAGAAGUAUGAACUCAUCACUUCCAUUAUCAUUUCCACGCCCUGCUUUUGAUGUUGAGAGAAACGUUGACUGUAGACUGUCAUAAAAUGGUCAAGAAAAUGUAAAUCUCAUUACCAUCUGAUAACACAUGACAAGUUCAUUAACUUCCUGACGUAUUAGUGACCUGUUGCUACCAAUAUUUUAACAGAUAAAAUAAUUGGUAUUUAUUAUUGAACACAUUCUUCAUAAUGAUAUCUGUAAUAAUACUAUCAAUGUCCAUUUUCCUUCAAAUCACAUCCAAUUUUUCUUGAACUCAAUCAAUUGAAUGGCACCAUGAUGUUACUAAAAUGUUAUGACCAUGGCCAUCUUGUUAUUCAAGACAUGGAAAGCUUAGAUUCCUUCAAAGAAUUUUGUUUGAGUCAUGUUAUAAAUUUACUUUAAUGUGAUUUUUCCAGCUUUAUUUUUAAUGGUGUUAAUGAUGUGAAAAGGCCUUUGAGACAAAAAAUAAUUAAAUAAAGAUAAAAUUAAAUUAAUUAUGAUUAUAUGGAUGACACACCAAAUUAAAUGUGUAAUGUAACUAAACGUGAUGGUUAUUCAGUGUAUGGCAGCUACUCUGACAACAGUGCAGCAUAUUGCAGUGUACUGAGCCAGACCCCUCAGACCUAGCACGGUGAUGCCUAACAAGUCUGCCGCCAGAAGUGCCCCAUGUUCUGCUGUGUCCUCAACACACUCUUAAACUCAGUAUUAUUCUGCCACAUACGUGGGGGUUUAUCAGGUCUAUCAGGUAUAUGUCUACCCAUCCUUCUCCAGAUCAACUUUGAACAGUUGUUAUGUGUGUAGUUGUUUGGGUUGCAGUCUGCUCUGUGGCCAGCCAGGUACUGAUUAGUGUAGACUCUGCAGUAGUGUAGACACUACAGUAGUGUAGACACUACAGUAGUGCUGUGUCAAUCUCCUGCACUCAUCUUUCACCACACUUGAAAUAUUUUUGUCAUGGUUUUCAUUUUUGUUUGCCGUAUGGUAUCAUUUACAUACCUAAAAUAUUAAUUUUAUACAAAGUGUUAAAGUUUUUGUGAAUAAAUUAUGUUCAUGAUGCUAUUUGGACUAUUGUUUUAUUUUAAGUUGUAGAUUUCAUUUCAUUAAUUUAGCAAAGGAAUAAUGUUGUUGAUUCUCAAACUGUUCAACUAGUGAUAAUCUCGUAAAUGUGGGUCUGAAUAUUUAUUAGAAGACUUAUUGAUGUGAAAUGACAGUGCUGCAGUUGAUGUCUGCAUACUUUGUGUACAUAACUUAAGUGUAAGUGUAUAAACUUGUGUACUUUGUGAGGUGUCAUGAUGGUUGAAACAUACUUGGACCUCAGUGUACGUAAAGAUUUAGGUAGUAGAGUACAAACAUUUCAUUGCAAAACCUGAUUCUUUCCACCAAAAUGGUUUUUCGGCUUGGAAAACUGCAUUAUACAAUUAGUACAGGAUGUCAUGCCUAUUUGUUGUAGCUUUUAACAUUUUCAAAACAAAUUGUAAUUUUUAGUUGAAAGGUUGCUGUAUGUAUAUUGCUUCAAAGAAAAUGACAAAAAAUUUUACAUAAUUUUGUUGUAGAAAAUUUAUGUACAUUUGACACAAAACAUGUUCUUGAAUAAAAUAAGAAUUAUCUCAUGUAACAGCAUUACAAGUUUAUUGUGAUUACAGGAGCAUACCAGAAAUACAGUUGAUGAGUGUCUCUGAGCCAUGUUUGCUUAGUUGGCAUCAGUGGUGGCCAUAAGUAAGAUGAUAUUCACAUAACCUCGUUUCACACUCCUUAUGAUGAAGCAUAGCUGUGUGUGCCCAUGCAUCUCGCGAACUGCUGGCCCACUUUUCGUAUGCAGUUUUGUUAUUGAUAUUUAUUUUAAUGAAAUUUGUGAUAAUAUAAGAUUAUGACUUUUUUUCUGAGUAAACACACAACUUAUUUUACAAGUGAUGCAGGAUACUGAAUUUAAAAUAUUUAACAAAUAUAAAAGGAAUAAAUAUAUUUUAUCCUUUUAAACAUCAUUAUGGAAAUAUGUAUGUUGAACAACAAUGUUGUUAUGACACAGCUUUUUAAUUAUUUUAUAAGCACCGUAGUGGAAGUUAUAUGAUUCCGUUGAAGUAAGGGGAUGGUAGUAGUACUGUAUGGGAAUGUAUAAGGGACUUAGCAGCUGUCAGCAACAUGUUAAUUUGCAGUCCAAACAUACUCACAAAACAGUUAUUUCUCUAAUGUGGGUUGCCAAUUACAGACAGGUGUGCAGACCUAAAAACAAAUUACAAAAAAUCAGUUUUUCCGCUCAUGCUCCAUGCUGCUGUGCAUGCUAAACCAAGUUGUGAUCAUUUUAAGUUGUGAUCAUUUUUCAGCGCUUACAUUUUUAAACACUUCUUUGAGUGGAAUUAUAAAGAGUUUUUUUUUUACGUUAUAUUUUUUUGCAAACAUGUGAUGCAUGUUUUGCUGAAUAGAGAUAAUGUUUUCAUUUAUCAUUUAUAUUGCUGCUAAUCAUUACUAGUACAGGGUGGCCACCCAACUGGGAAAUUUGGGAAUCCUGAACUAGUCAGUUCUUUGCUUGACAAACUGCAAGAAACUCAUUAAUGUUCUAAAGUCAUUGGGAACUAUUUGUUUGUCUAGCAAGUUGCAAAGAGCUAAGUUGAAAAAGGCUCAUGGUGCUUAAGAACUGCAUCAUUUAUGCGAUUUUCCAGCACUGUGUGCCUAUUCCUUUCAAGCGCUGGUUAUCUAUGGGCGAACCUCUACAGCGAUGUGACGUGUGUUAAGAUUGUACUAUGGAUUGCCGGCAAAUAGCCGUAGGGGAUGAAGUGUGUGGUGUUUUUUUUUUUUUUUUUUUUUUUUUUUUUAAUUUUACAUCUGAAGAAUUUCACCGCUGACAUGACCUAAAAUUGAUUUGUCAUGUCAAAGACUGGAGGCUCUACUGCAGAAUAAAACCAACAAAUUAUUUUGAACGAUACAAAUCCCUUGCUGUAAGCAGUGUGAAUUACCCAUGUUUAUGACCAAUUGCAGUAAAAUGCAACAAGAGAGGAGAAAUGCCUUGCUAGAGAGAGAGGGAGUUGGAGAGAAAAAAAAAUAAACUGCUCACUGAAGCUAAGAAAGAGGUAGAAUUAAUACAAUGUGUCUAAAGUCAUGGUGCACUUUCGACCGUCACAGGAAAACAACGAAACAAGAUAAAAAUGUGAAAUCUUCGCCAAAUAAAAGGAAAACUCUCCAAGUUUGCAUACCUGUUCAGUGCAGUUUGAUGUGGCCUGUAUUUAAUGCCCUGCACACAUCGAAAUAAUGUUCUAGUUCUUCCCACUGACGGUUAAGGACGUCUGGUGUAACAGAGUGAAUAGCACCUGUGAUUCUCCAUUUUAAAUGAUAAAUGUCGCUGAUACGUAACCCCACAGGUAAAAGUGUAAUGGUGUCAGGUCCGGAGAUCAUGGUGACAGUGUCUUGACAGCACCCCUGCUAUCCACUGCUGGGGGAAUGUUGUAUCCAGAUUGUGGAGGAGCGCCGUCCAGAUGAAAGAUGACACCUGCAUGCAAUUUCUCCAUGUUAGGGUAGCUGUUUGACGUCACAGUCUGCUCCGCAAAGAAAAAUGGCCAUGUAACUUUACUAUCAUGCAUCAGGGCACCAGUAGCAAUCAAAUGUUUACCUUAGGCUUGUUACGUUCGUACUCAACGUAGGCAUGAGGAUUUUCAGCAGCCCAUAUUUUGACGUUAUGACGGACAUAUCCACAGACAUGGAAUGUGGCCUCAUCGCUAAAUUCAAUCUUCAGAAAUUUUUCAUACUUGUCAAUCUCAUUAAGCAUAUUAGUAACAAACGUGAAUCGUGUGGCCAUUUCCGCCGGUUCAAUAGCAUGCAACAGCUGCAUUUUGUAACCCGAAAAACGGAGCCAUUUCUUUAAAACCUUAUGAAGUGUAGUCUUGGUUAGGCCUAAUUCACAAACUUGGAUAGCUCUCCUGUAUAGCCUCUACACACUUGUCACUUAUGAUGGCCUACCAGUACGGAGUUUAUCCAACAAACUGCCGGUAUCAUUGACUGCUAUCCCACCAAUUAUUAUUCCUAUGUGGUGGCUCUUUGUUGUACAUGCGACAAUAUUCACGUUGAACUUUCCUCUGCGUGAUCCGCUGCUGCUGCUGUGUGGUUAGUGGUGUUGCGUUAUCACUAGGGGGACCAACGUCCCGUUUUUUAACGAUCGUACAUGGGGUCCCGAUAAAGUCUACCGGGACGCCUAAAUGUCCCGUAUUUACGUUGGGUUGAUGAUACACUUUUGUCGCGCCUCUCCUCGGGCCGUCUUCCCCUCUCCUCGACAGUUGAACUUUUGCUGGUACUCCACAAUUUAAAUAUGGACUGUUCUAGUUUUUACAACUUUAUAUUGGAAAAUAAAGAGGUUUUAAAAUUGUCUGGAAUGAAAGAAAAAUAUCCGAAAUUUAAAUCCUAAAGAUUUUUAACAUAAUUUUGACUAACAAUUUUAGUUAUCUUGUUUAAUUAUGUUUUGAAGUAUGUCAUAAUACUUACAAGAAAUAAGUAUUUACUGCAAAAUUGUUGUUUUUAUUUAUUAUACGCCUCACAAUUUAAAUUAAAUUACAUAUUCAUAGGUAAAUUGAAAAAGAUUUAUAGAUCUCAAAUUAGCAGGAAAAAAAAAAGAGCAUGUUUCAAUGAUUACGUCUCGAUGCAGGCCCCUCGGACCCCCUAGCUGGAGGGUAUCGUCCCCAAACCCUCCUUGGAUGUGUGAUUUGGUCACCCUAGUUAUCACCUAUGCACGCACAGUUGAACUUCAUACUAACAAACUAUUUUCAAUACUGUCAAAUGUGCUUUCGUUUUGUUUCUGUUAGCCACAACAAGUGUUCAUAACGCUCCUUGACGUUAUGGACAUACUAUAUAUAAGCACAUAAAAGAUGUCUAAACAUAGUAGUAGUUUUGCAAACUUGUAAUUUACUAGCAAAAUAUUUUCUUAAACAAUAUAUAUUGUAUGUAUAUAAGUCAUAUCUAACUGAAGGUUCUACCUUCGAAGUGAGUCACUGAAAUAUUUUAAAAAUUUUAAUUUUUAACAAUUUUAACUUUAAUGUAUUAUAUUUUCAAAAGAAUUUAAGUUGCAAUGUCUUCUUGGAAUAUCUUAUGUAAGUAUGCAUAGUGACUAGAAGUGUUCCUAAGAGAUUUAAAAAGAAAAAAAAAGAAAUUCUUGUGGUUGUUUUGGAUGUAAUACAUGCAUGACAUCAAUUAAUAAACUAGCUUGUUAAAUUUAUUAAAUUACCCAACUUUUUUUUUCCAGUGGGACUUGUUUUUAAAUAAUGGAAGACAAAACCUGGAAAUUUUGAAAUUUUGAGCCUUUAAAACCUGGAACUAACCAGGAAUUAAGAAUUCCAUGUAGCUUUGCCACCUUGUGGUAGGUAGCUGCUUGUGUGAAAUUGCUGUUAAAAUAUUGAAUAUUUACUGUCAACUAACUUCCAAUGUUCUCGUAAACAUUUCAAGACUUGACUGUGUGUUGUAUGUGUGUGUAUGUAUGUGUAUCUAUAUAUAUACAUAUAUACAUACAUAUAUAUAUAUUAUAUAUACACUGCUAAUUUUGAAGUUAAUCACUGCUUGUGUUACAACGUAUUGAGUAUUUAUGAGUGAGUACAUGAACAUACCUGUUUGGUAAAAUACCUCAGUGUCAGCUAAAUAAUAUGUUGUGGUAAAUAAGCCUAAUAGCAGCAAUAAUUAUUAAACAACUGCUUUAUUUCUUUUGUAAAUUUUCUAAGAAGAAAACCAUGGGGUACUAAAAAUGUUCUUGUGACAGGCCUAAUAUUUAUUUUUAAAAAUGUCUUUAAAAAGCAUGGAACCUAGUUAGUAUUUGUUUCCAUCUAAUAACCACACAAUAUUUUAUGAAACAGAUAUAUAACGAGCUUCAGACUUGUAUUAAGCAGCUCUGAGCAUUGGCGACGUCAGAGCUUAUAGGGUUUCCCGUCAGUUUAUCACACCCUAGACCACCUGGCUAUAAGUGGAUAUACAUGUUUCAUUAACACUUGGAGAAAUGAAUUGGGCGCUGAGACUUAUAUAAGUUCCAAAAAAAUGUUACUGUCGACGAUUUGUCUACUAAAAUAUUGUAUCUCGGACACAAACUGAUAUUAACGUUGAUACUCAAAGAAAAUUCACAAUCAUUGUGGCAGCCAUCUGGCAGCCACAAAGGCAUGUACAAAUUGAGUAUACAACCUUUCUCACAUAAUCUCUUCACAGACACCAAAAAACACAUACGUCGACUGUUCGAAGGUAUCGAAGGAUGAAUAUUAAAUAUUGUUAUCAAUUAUGUCCUGUGGUUACACACAAACUCUUGGUACAGGCCAAAGGACCACGUCCUCGGGAAAAAAACCAAGUUCACUUGAUCUUUGUGGGCUAAAUACCUGCGACUGUGAUCAGAAAUUCUAGAUAAAAAUUUUGAAACGAUUAAGAAAGGUUGAUUAUAAAUGGUGGCACCUGGGCCACAGCUGCGAAAUUCUCUCUAACUCACAUUAGGAUAUAAUUUGUGAGCCAAGGACCGACACACGACCGCUCGAUACCUCGAUCAGAUGCAACUGACGAGGCUACUUGUAAAUGCGUACCCCUCGAAGGAAGUGGCGCGUGCUUGACCUCUCCAGCCAAUCACAGCACAUUCCUUACAAAACCAUAGCAGUACACAGUUUCCUUACGCCCUGCUAUGAGGCUAUUCCGGUAAAAAUCACGACAUAAAAAAACCUGUAACAAAAUACCAGCCAAUACUGGCACAUGGCAACAGCACUCCAAGUCCUUUCUCACACAUAUUCUCUCAUUCUUACACAACAGGCAAACAAUUGCAUCAGCUUGCCUUCAGACAAAAAAUCAUGGCGAGAAAAAAAGUACAAAAGAAAAUUCUGUUAAUAUUGUCAUUUAUGAACAAUGCAAAACAAAACCAUACUCGAACAUGUGAAGGCACAUAAAAACAUACAUAUACAAACAGACAGGUAAAAUUAAAGCUUAGGGGCUUAUUCACUUCAAAGUAAGCAAAUAAUCAGAAUAACUUAAAAAUCAUGAAAUAAUGUAAAUUUGUAUUAUAAAAUGUAUAGCAAACACAGGAAACUUCUUAAAAGAAAUAAUAAGAUGUUAUCUAAAUGAUAUCAGACAACAUAAUAAUUCAUUAAUUAAAACAUUAAACAAGUGGGAAGGGCAGGAAGGGCAGUAACCUGGGUUGCUGCAAGUUGGUUGAGUGAAUGAUAGUCACGUCUAUAGAGAUCGUGUGGAUGUCUGAAGAAUAACACUUAUAUUAGAAAUAUCUCAAUCUUACAAUCUUAAGUUUCCACCUUCUUAGAGAAGAACAGACCAUCAUUUUAUUUGCACAAACAUCACAAACCCCAUUUGGCAUCGGUGACAGCACACAGAUGUGUAUCUGGGUGGGAAAUCUCAUUAACUGCUGUUGAAUAGUUUUCAAGGUUAGUUUAGUUGACAAGAGUUGAGAUAUAUAUACACUUUGUGUGCUCUAUGUUUCUGCAAGGAGGAUAUUUUUCAACAACUUAGACAUUUGGAAUUCAUAUUUUAAUUAAUAUAAAAUUUAAUGUGUUGAUAUAAUUUACAGUUUAUCUCAUUAGGUAUCAAUCCAAUCACACGUUUAGAAAUGCUGUUGAAACGUUUUCAUCCAAGAAUAGGAAAGCCGCUUGAAUCACGAUAGCACCACUGACUGUGAUUUGCAACUUGUCCGGCCAUUCAGUCAUCCAUCAAAAUUUAUACGUGGCUAGCUGCAGCCGGUCACACACAAGUCCCUUUGUCUUUGUGUAUUCAAUUCUCUGAACACAGCACAGCACACCAAAUGUGUGAAAAUAUAAAGGAAUUACGAUGACCAGUAAUGCAUGAUUCAGUAAAAUGCCUGCAUUGCACUUUUGUAUCUCACUCUUUAUUUCCUUUCAAUUUACAUACUAAUACAACUACGCAAUGCCAUCAUUUUUGGUUAGUUCACUGCUCCCCCACCUGUUGUAGCCUUACAUACAGGCUACUAAUAGUAAUCACAUUAAGCAUAGUACACUAGACUACUUAUAGAUUUCUAUACAUCAAUCACUUUCUUCUGGACUCUAUUUUGUUUUGGAUAGGGUGACUCUUCUUCUGUAUUAGUUUGGUUCAUCAAUGCAAACAUCUGGAAAGCCUUUAAAUCCCACUGUUUCACAGUUGUUUCUGAUUUGUGCCCUCGUUCAUAUUUUCAUUCUUGAUAUAUCUUAGUACAAAUUACCUUGCUUUUUUGGUAGGUAUUGCUAGGUUAACCAAACUGACUUCACUAUUACUGUCUGUGUUCCCCUCUGUAUUACCAAUGUUGUCUGCAGCCUUUUUUCCACACUACAUUCUUAUUGCAUUAUUAUUAACCCAUUUUCUUGGGACUAUUCCGAGAGUUCUUGUCCCUUGACAUCCUCAGAUGUAUGGAAGAGGUAUCUGGUGAGGCAGAAAAGCCCUCUCUGCAGGCAACGAUAGAUGGGGGGUCCCAAAGGCCUUGGUUCACCGCGAAGAACCUAUGGUGUAAUGGGAAUGCUCGUCUGGGUGCGGCUUCUGCUAUGGAAUAUAAUACAACCAGGCACAAAAGAAUGCUGUAAGCUCCGGGGCACCGAAGCCGGUGGAGUAUCCGGGGGGCUGGCCGUGUGAACUGUGGCAGUUACUAUACUAACUCACGGGCUAGUGUGAAGUGAUCCUUUUUUGAUGCUGGGGUUCCCUCUACCGCCCCAGGUUGCACGGCGUUGGCUCUGAUCGCUUCCAGCUCGUCCAGAGGGUCUCCUCCCCAUCGAAGGACGGACGCUCCUGCUCUGGUACUAGCCUGGACAGCUAGAGGUCCCAGAGAAGGCAAACCAUCGCAAAACCUAUUCAAUUCCAGAAUAAUACCUGAACAAGGCAUCAGAGUAUUUACAGUUGAUGCUGGAUUAGCACAGCGUGAAAAUGGAGGGGAGUCCUUUUGCCAACCUUAUAGUAUGUGUUCAGAAAAAGGACGAAUCAGUGAGGCUCAUCCUGGACGCAUGAGAGCUUGACCGUAUCACUGGUAAGGACAAGGAAAGUCCCAUACUAACCAGUGAAAUACUACGUCUACACCAAGAUGCAAAGUAUCUUACCACCCUGGAUUUAUCUUCAGAGUACUGGCAGACUCAAUUGCAAGCGGAAUUCUGCCAGUGCACCGCAUUACUAUUCCGCAAUCAACAGCACAUCUUCCAGGUACUACCUUUCAGACUCUGCCACGCAGUAGCGCAAGUCACAAGAUGUCUGGUUGCGACACUGGGACCCAAGUGCCAGUUCUUUGCCAGGGUCUGUGAAUGACGUCAAAAUUAAGUGAAGCUGGAAUGACAGUGAAAAUAAUAAUACCUGAAGCCAUGAGGAAUAAAAUUGCCUGGGAGCUAUGCCUAAGCCUAGACCAUGUUGUUUUCAGGAAGCUGUCCUGUGCCAUGAGCCGUCAGCUGUGCUUCCCAGCAUGCCUAGAGCACUCGCCAAGGCCACAGCCUCCUGCUUGUUAUUCCUGUUAUUCCAGAAGGCCACAGCCUCCUGCUUGUUAUUCCUGAUAUUCCAGAAGGCCACAGCCUCCUGCUUGUUAUUCCUGUUAUUCCAGAAGGCCACAGCCUCCUGCAUGUUAUUCCUGUUAUUCCAGAAGGCCACAGCCUCCUGCAUGUUAUUCCUGUUAUUCCAGAAGGCCACAGCCUCCUGCAUGUUAUUCCUGUUAUUCCAGAAGGCCACAGCCUCCUGCAUGUUAUUCCUGUUAUUCCAGAAGGCCACAGCCUCCUGCAUGUUAUUCCUGUUAUUCCAGAAGGCCACAGUCUCCUGCAUGUUAUUCCUGUUAUUCCAGAGGCUAAGCUGCUGUUUGGAGAGCUCCGGGCAAUGAUACCACAUAAACCUUUAUAAUCAGUUACAGUGGAUUUGUGUAGAUGUGUUUAGCAAGUACACCUAGUGUUAUGCACUGGUAAAUGCCAAUACUGUAUUGUCCAAAUUUUAACAUUUUACAGAAGUUGUAGGAAAAUCUACAUACGUCUUGUUGGCCGAGGAUCCCAGUUUUUGAGUGAAGUGUGGCAAGGAGUGUAACACCCGCCACUUCCUCAGUUAGGGAGCCUCAAGGCAUCCUGUAGAACGGCAGAUGCGAUCACUGGGUAAUGUGCUCGGAGCCAACUGCCAUGACUCCCAGCAAGACUGGCGGGAUCACCUGCCAUUUUAUGAUACGAGUGUAUACAGAUACUAUUGUGAAUGUCGGUAAUGUUAUGCCGAAGAAUUAGUGUAUUAGUCAGCUGAGUUUGUGUUGUGACCACUCAGUUUAUUUCUGCCUAGAAGAAGUGUUAGCCUCCUAAGCUGAUAUUGUGUUUAGAACGAGAAUAGAAGCUCUGUUCCUAGGUAAGGGCGUAAGGAAUUGUACUGUAGAACCUUUGCACAGUAUGUACAUUUAAAUAACUGUAAUACGUAAUACUAAAGUCUAAAUUAACGUGUAAUCUUUAAAGGGUUUAAAUAUGUUAUGUUUAAUUGUUCUGUUAUAUCAAUCUACUAAUGGUAAAUUCAGCACUUCCUGCGGUUAUGACACCCAUGGCCCGGCCCAGUCUCUUGUGUUCGCAGUGCGGGGUAGGACGCAUCUCAGCACCACGUCGACUUAUUGCUCUCAACUGAUCCGUUAUCAUCCGCCGUCGUAAUUAUUUUAAACCUUUUUUAUUAACCUUCAAGGCCUACCCCGGCGGCAGACUGUGUAACUUAACUAAUUAAAGCUCCCUGGAGCAUUUUGUAUUAUUCGGUGAGCUUGCACUUUCGGGGCCAGUCCACGCGGUGUCCUGGUCAGCAAGCUGGACUACUUGCUGUUUUUUGUACGCAUUGUCAGAGUACGUGUCUGCAGCAAUAACACUUAAUAUUCACCCGACUCGUUGCACUCAAUUCGCGAUCACUGGCUUUCCAGUACAGAGACGGAGGUGUGUGGGGCACCUCAAGACCCCACAAGCAGUUGUGAUCGCCGGCAACAUUGCGUGCCCGCCGCUGAGAGCGGGGGGAAGUCGAGCCUAGCUCCACACGGGUCACGUCACGGCCCUGGGACAGAGUCAGUAGCCGGGUCCACGUGGUGGCGCCCAAGGUCUACACGUACGCCGAUCCAAAACACCCCCCCACAACAAUACCACUCUUUAGCUAGCACUCACCUUGUGUAUCCAGGGGCUCGAUUCUGAAAUUUCACUAUGAGCAGUGUUGUCUGGUUUCUCUCCUGUGGGAGCGUGGCGUGGCGUGGCGUGGCGUGGCGUGGCGUGGCGUGGAGUUCUCUAACACUAAUGACAAGCCACAUGCACUCUCGACAACCAGAGGGUCAUUUUACAAGCUCCCCAGUUGCGAGGCCUGCAGAGGGUUCCAUUUGGCCAGUAACUGUAGCCUCGUUCAUAGGAGCUUGGAAAUCAACGGUAUGUUGUGAACAACGAGGUGCGUUCAAACUACCGCCUAGUCUUGUGAGUAUUUGAAAAUACCACAAUGAGGCCCGCAUAGUCCAAGGCAGAAGUAAUCAUAACUUUCAAAAUAGUUGGAAAUCUUUCAUUCCUAUAUUUAUUGCCAACAAUUUCUUUGCACAUUAGUUUGUGCUUUUAUAUUGCAGUGGCAAAGCGUGCGGGUCCUAAUUAAAAGAUUUUCUUUUUGGAUGAGUUCAAAAUCUGUCACUGAAAAAACUUUUUUUAUAUAAAAAAAUAUUACAGUAUACCAAUUAUAGUUUAAGGAUGAAAGAUCUGUUAAUUUUUUCUGUCUAUAAUUGCUGUUAUAACUUUAAAUACAUAGCUCAGUAUUUUUGGGUCAGUUAUUUUAUACUACGUAGCCUUUAUUUGUUAGAAUAAAAAUAAAUAAUAUAAGCAUAACAACCUUGGACAAAAAAGUUAACACUAACAUAUGUUUGUAAGUAAAUAAGGUUCCAUAUAUUUUUCAUGGGUAAACUAAUUAUUUAUAGGAAUUUCACCCAUGUCAAAUGGAAAAGCAAGUUGGUUUUAUUAUAGUAGAAUUUAAGAAUGAUGUUAUGUUGAAAUGUGCUUGUUCCUUUGUCUCAAAUGGUAAGAUUUUUUUUUUUUUUUUUUUUUUUACAAUUU